GUUGAGGUAUGUAACGGUAAUAUGAACUGGUACGUUUUGGCUGGAGGUUGAUGUUGCCGCUCCGAUACGAAAGGAGUGGCCUGUAUAUGCCGUGGGAUCGUACCCGAUUCUUGUACAUAAUAAUCUCACGUAUUUGACAAAUUUUGAUGUAGUCAGGGGUUGACUGUGUAUUGUGAGGAGAGGAGCUUGUUUGGGUUGAUAAGCCAUACCUGCCAUGUAUUUGUCGAAUAGUUGUACGGGGCACCAAUGAUUGCCGGUUGGGUAAAAUUGAAUGUCAAGGUGCGGACCCAUUUGAUUCAUUUGAAUGUCUUAAUGUCAAUGUGUAGUGAUCACCUAUUAUGUUUAUGUGUGACACACACAGUAUAUUUCCCUUAUUGUUGAUGUUGCUUAAGGUGAGUUCGUUGGGACGCAUAAAAUGCCAGGUAUAUGGCUGUUUUGAGUGUGUUAUUGGUGUGAUUAUCAAAGGGUUUGGUAUCUAACAUGUCAGACAAUGCCCUGAAUUUCUCUGCGUCAAUUGGUAGCCAUCUAGUAGGUUUUAGGUUUUCUAGGCGUUGGAUGCCUUUUAGCAUAUUUUAAUGGGGUGUGCUGAUAGGAAGUUUUUUAUACUGGAAUAUGUGUUGCUUACAUGAUGCUGUAUUCCAGUUAAAUAGAGUUUUAUGGUGUUGUGUGCCAGUUUCAAGUUGAGAUGGCAAAAAGAGGUGAAAGCCACCAUAGUAUCUAACCUAUAAGGAUUCGUAAUGAUGUAUUCUGAAACAAAUUUGUUGAAUAACAUUAAGGCUCGGUUGUACAUGCGUCUGGUGUUUGGGGAAAGUGAGGCCUGUGCUAGUGCCCUCCCGUGCUCCAUGAGUAAUUUUAGUCCAGGAUGAGGUCUCUGAACAGCGGCGCCUUUCUUGGCUGUUCCUCUGCUGUUGGGUGUAGCUGUCUGAAAACCUGUAAUUUUGAACAGGAUAGUGUGUCAGCUGCUGAAUUAUGGUGACCUGGCACGUGUAUGCAAGUCAGGAAAAAAAAAAUUUUGUGUGGCUGCCAACCAUGUGAGUCUCCUGACCAGGUUCAUGAUGGUUAGUGAAGAAGACCUGCCUUUGUUCAGAAUCUCGCAAGCCGCCAUGUGGUCAGAGUAGCAUUUGACAGCUUUGCCUCCCCAUAAGUGGCCCCAGACUUUAGCUGCUGCCACUAUGGGGUAGAUCUCAAACAGUGCCGAAGUCUUUGUGAAAGUAGGUAAUCCUAGUGCUUUGCUAGGCCAAGCGUCCCUCAACCACCUGUCUUCGAAGAUGGCUGUGAAACCUGCGUAACCUGCAGCAUCCGUCCAUAACACAGGGGAGUUUAAUGUCAACGGUGGUAUGAACAAGUUUCUCCCAUUCCAGUCCGACAGGAAAUGGUACCACCUGGUCAGAUGCGCCCUAGCCUGAAUGUUCAGUGUAACCCUGCUGUUGUUGUUGGGUAAGUUGGGUAACAAACCGAGUAGACGUGAGAUGAAAGCUCGUCUCAUGGCGAAGUUGUUGAUGAUAUGCCAUGUGCUUAGUUGUCUGAGUAACAAUGGAUUGAUGACCCUGACCAUGAUUUACCCCAUUCCACAGGAGCUGCUUUUAGUGGGGAAAGAAUUGCCUAUUUUUAUGUCAUGUAAGUGCCAGUGUGUAGGGUAGAUGGUAGCCAUUUACUGUGUUGAUGAUAUUGGUCUUACUUAACCAAGCUUCAACCCAUGCUUGAGUGAUAGCUGUAAAGGUAGAUCAAUGGUGUGUAUAGUAAGGAAACUCUUCGGAGGGUAUGAGGGAGUUGAGACUUGGGGUAGCGAAGGUGUGUGGUGCCAAUAAGUCUAUGGUUAGUCUUUGUUUAAGGGAAGAUUCCCUUGUGACAAUACCAAUGUGUUUGUGUUUGGCGCCAUGCUGUAAAUGGUGGAGAUUGGAAAACCCAAGUAAAAACCCCUCUGUUAUUCUUGGCUAUGAGUGUGUUUACAGCCGAUGGUUCUGUGUGCUGACUGUAAGUGAGGACAUGCUAUAUUCCUUGAAGGUGUAUGUAUGAUACCUGUAUGGGAGCCCUUUGAAGCUCCGGAGCUUUAGUAAAUCUACUACAAGUCUGGAAGGGUGAUGAGUUAGUAGUGUUGAAAAUGGAUUGGUGUGUACAGAUGGUGAGUACGUUAUUUGUAAGUUGUAUUGGGACACAUGGUUUGUCAUGUGCCCUGAAUGAUUUGAACGUAUAUGCAACAUUCUAUAUGCAAUGCAACGACUCAUACCAAUUGUCUCUGGUAGUUCAGAGGUGCUGGUACCUGGAGCCUGAGAGUGCUCGUCCAUUUGUUUGGGAGAAAAUCCCUUCUGUGAGGACCUGACCCGUGCAACUGAUGCCUGGCGUAACGGGUAGGUCGACUUACGGUUUGUGAGCCACUUGGACACCAUCCACAGCGAUAGAUUGAAGAAAAAGCUGGUAGGCCGGAAAAGCCUGUGGCUGGAUUUCUGACACAGCUCAGCUUAGAAAACCUCAUGGAGUAAGCAGGUAAAAUGGCGUCUGGAUGACCCAGAAGUGGAAAUCAUUCUGAUGCUGACCUCAAGCAACAGGAAGUGACCAAGCACUGUCAGCAAGGUAUGGAGGUAAGUAGUGGGUUUAUAUAGGCCGGUUGCAACCCCUCCCACAACUCCAGGCUCCGCCUUCCCAUUUGUCAUAUAUUGUUGUUUUUUUUCUUUUUUUUUUCUUUUUGGAUCGUCUAGUGAACUCUCGAGAACAAAAAAAUAAAGAAAAAAUCACAUUACCAAACAUACAUGAAACAUCUUCAAGUAUACUAAGCACUUGAAGUCUAUUUCCUAACAUUCCAAAGACUCUAAAAAGAGUCAAAAAACACUUUCCUUGAUGGGUUUUAACACCCACUUUUAACCUUUUCAGGUUCCGGCAGGGGAGGCUGUAUCUCGAUUUGAAGGAGCCAAAUCUAAAUUUUUCUUUAUCAUUCCCUGCUUCCUCUUUCUCUUCUGCUGUAUGAAGUCCAUACUUCUACCUUUCUCUCCUCCUCUUCCUCUGGUACGAGAAAGAGAAGAAGAAAGAAAGAAAGAAGAAGAGAGAGAGAAAAAAAAUAUAUAAAAAAAUCUUACUUCCUAAUUACCUUUCCCUUAUUUCACCUUUUUUUUCCUUUUUCCCUUUCUUUUGCUAUAUACAUGAUCGUAUCUUUAUUCUCUAAUAUUUAUAUUGAAAAGUUUCUUUCCCUUUCAUUUCCCUUUUCCUUUCUUUUUCCUUUCUUUCCUUUCACACCUCUAAGUUUCAACUCUUUUUCAUCUUGUGCACACUUCCCAUAUUUUAAUUUUGUGUUAACCUUUUAUAUUAUAUUGUGGAUCUUUAAAUUUACUACUUUCCCUUAUUAUUGUUCAGUGACACAAAAAAAAAAAAUCUUUAUUUUAACAAAAUUCUAAUUUUUUCAAUUCUGUUUCUUGUGAAUAACUAAUGUGCAAUUUGUUGUAAUUCUAAAUUUGACCCUUUCUCCUCAAAAAAUUUAGUGUAACAUACAUAGUUUUCAUAAAUUUUCCUUAAAAAUGUCCUAUAUGUGAAUUUCAUUACUGACAUAUAUGUGUUUUCUUUUAACUUGAAAAUUCUUAUCACUAUUAAUUUCUCCUUCAUUAAUUACAGUUUAUUCUCUAUAUCUUCGACGUGCUGUUUCAACUUCCUUUAUAAAAUUCAUUUUUCUCUUCUUUUCUCCUCUUCCUCUCUCUAAAGUUCUACAAGACGAUUAGCUUCCGCUCAUGUCCAUGCUUUAAAUCUUCAGCUUCUUUUCCUUUUUCAUCCCCUCUCACUCCUUCUCUUCUCCUUAUCUUUUUUCUUCCUUAUCUGAUUAUAUAGAGUCAUUUCUCUUUCUUCCUUAUCCAUUCUUCUAUCUGAGAUGGGGUCGUAAAUGUCUAGCGUAUUCCUUCUGUAAUUAUCUUUAUUUUACUGGGGUAAAUCCAAGAAUAUUUUAUGUUUAAUCUUCUUAAUGAAGUAGUAGCCAUCGUGAAUUUCUUUCUUUGUUGUCUAGUGUAGAAAGACAAAUCUUGAAAUAUCUUGAUGUCGCCAAACUUUUCUGUGUUAAUCAGUUUUGUUCGAGCUGCAUACAAUAUAGCUUCUUUGAAUUGAUAGGACUGAAAAUUUAUUAUUAUAUCUCUCGGUAUUUGUUGAGGGACCGAACUAGGUUUACUUAUACGGUGGUAUUAGUGUUUAAAGUUGACACUCUUAUCCUUGUGUCUCUUAACCCCUUUUAAUCUUUGUGUGUCUCGUCAUUCAACUUAUCACCUUAAGUGUCUCUCUUUACCCUCGCUCACCCCUUGUAUGUCUUUCGACCCUUUUGUGUGUCGUUUAACCACGCUCACCCAUUGUUCUUCUCUUAAAUUCCCCUUACCACCUGUGUCUUUAGUAAAGCGCCUUAACCCAUGCUUAUCUCUCUCAACUCUCAAGGCCUUUCUGUAUCGCUUAUCCCCCUUAUGAUUACUUUAACCCCUCCCAUACCCUUUAGGUAGCCUGGGGCACAGGAAGAGCUGGGGAGCCUGAAGCAGUGGAGAAGCAGUGAGUGUCUGGGCCAUAAGAAAAGGAGGGAGAGCCUUGGUCAGAGGAGAAGCAGGGGAGCCUAGAGCAGAGAAAGAGGGGAGAUGGGGCAGGUUAGGAACCACUGUCCUGGCCCCUUUCGGACAAUAUUAAUACAGAUUCCAGGAAACUUGGAAGCUUCUGGGCCUCUUAUAUGGGUCAUCUACUUACGUAGUUACAUAGUAAUCGGCAUUGAAAAAAACCACUAAAGUCCAUAAAGUUCACCACUUAAAACCUACUCGUUUAAUCUGUUGAUCCAAAAGAAACAGAAAAUAUAAAUAAAAAAGUUAAUUGUUGCGGAUUUCAAUUAUAUCAAAAUAAGAGAAGAAAAUUUAUUCUUUACAUAAUUGCUUGGAUCAACAACCUGUUCACAUACAUAUCUUGAAUAUUCAAUUUUUACAAAAAACAUGCAGGCUUUUUUUUUUUUUUUAUAUCUGAAGAUAACAUUAGGUAGACAAUUCCAAAUUUUUGUUGUUCUUACUGUAAAUAACCCUUUCCUUUGCUGUAAGUGAAAAUGCCCUUCUUCCAUUCUCAAGGGGUGGCCUCUUGCCUGUUAGCACUAUACAUAUGUACAAGGUAUGUACCAUCAUAUCCCCUGUAGCAGAAUAAACAUUACAAUACCCCUUUUCCUUCCCUUUUUCGGUUGUCCCUACCCCCCUAUUCAUUUACCGAACGGAUCUGAGGGCGCUCAGAUCCCAGCUAUUCAGUGAAACAUCUUUUGUGGGGUUCUGAAAUAUUAAAAUGCGUUUUAUGCUGUUUAUAAAUAUUGUAUAUUUUCUGUACCUGAGAGAUAAUUUAAUUAAAGUUUUGAUCUUACUCAAUUAUUUUCCAGGCACAGAGGAAGAGUCUGGGAACUGUUGACUUGUCCCUUGUCCCCACUCAGGUCCACCGGGAGAAAACCCCUGGAAUAUGAGUUAAGAAACCCCUUACAGGGGGGGGGAGCCACCUGCAGACCAGCACGGACGCAUCUUGGAAAACUCUGUACCAACACAAGCAAAAUACCCGAUUUACCAGCGGAAAUUGGGCACCUACCUCUCCUAUACCUUGUCUACCUGUCGGGGAGGUGAUAAUGGGUAACAAAAACAAAAUACCAAGGCUGGACAAACUCCCUCACAGCCACGACAUCGGCAAACUCCUGCGGAACUCACAGAAGGCCGCAUGGGAGAAAAUGGUGCUGGGGAAAGACGGAUUUUCCGACUCCUCAGAGGACUCCUACCCAGAAGGCGCAUUGAUAAAUCCAUCCGCGGGGCACAAGACCAAGACACCUGUAUCGCCCCAUUUACAGUCUCAUGUCAUUCAUAUACAGCCAUAUGCAAAUGGGCCCGCACAUAGCGCGGUCAUAUGUUAGAGAUGUUCACUCUAGCGCUGGCUCCGAAUUCUCCCCCCCCCACUACCAAUAAUAGAGUAAAGAUAACUUACUGAUGUAAAUCCCUGGAGGGGGCUUCCAUCCCCCCUGGAGCACUUAAGCUUACGCGAGACAAACCGUUACUGAAUAUACCUUAGUCAUGUGCCCAUUGGGGCUUAUCUUAUUGUAUUAUACCUGCUGACUAACUUUUUUUUUUUAAAUCACUCUGCAUGAUGCUAUGUACAAGCCGUUAACUAUGCUUUUAUUCCUGUAUGAGAACUCUAAGGGCAACAGCCCACAUAUUUAUUUCUUUUUUUUAACAUGCUGCGACCAAAAAAAAAAGAAACCCCUUGCAUGGGAAGUUGCAGAAAAUUCAGCUGUGGCUGAAUAAAAAUCAGUUGACUCCCAGAACCAGGGCUGCCACCCGAAAUUUUGGGUCUGCCCCCCCACAUCCCCCAGGCCCGCUCACGAGUCCACCCACAGGACUCCUACCUAGUCUGCUGUCAGUGAUGCAUAACUGAAUGUGGUGUGUAUAGUGGAAGUGAAUUAGAAUGUGUGUAAUGGAUGUAGUGUUUGUGUGUAUUAGAUACUGUUUGUGCAGUGAAUGCAGAGUGCGUGUUUGUGUAGCGGAUGCAGUGUGUAUAGUGAACGCACAGUGUGUUUGAGUAGUGGAUGUAGUGUGUGUACAGUGAUGUAGUGUGUGUUUCUGUAGUGGAUGUAGUAUUUGUGUGUACUAGAUGCAAUGUGUUUAGUGGAUGCAUUGUCUGCAGUGGAUGUAGUGUGUGUAUUAGACGCAGUGUCUCUGUAUAGUGAAUGCAGAGUAUUUGAAUGUGUCGUGGAUGUAGUGUGUGUACUGUGAAUAUAGGAUGUUUGUGUAGUGGAUGCUGUGUGUAUUGUUAAUGCAGAAUGUAUGUUAGUGUAGUGAAUGCAGAGUGUGUGUCAGUGUAGUUAAUGCAAAGUGUGUCAGUGCAGUGAAUGCAAAGUGUGUGUUAGUGUAGUGAAUGCAGAAUGUGUGUUAGUGUAGUGGAUGCAGAAUGUGUGUUAGUGUAGUGGAUGCAGAGUGUCUGUUAGUGUAGUGAAUGCAGAGUGUGUGUUAGUGCAGUGAAUGCAGAGUGUGUGUAAGUGUAGUGAAUGCAUAGUGUGUGUUUACUAGUGUAUGCAUGUUGUGUAAAUGGAGCAUUCCCCCCCACACUAAAUGUAAUAAAAGUUAUUCCCCCCUCCCUGCUUCUUACCUGGUCCAAGGAGGGGGGAGAUUCCAUCCCUGGUGGUCUGGUAGCAUUGUGGGGCCCCCCGGCUCCCUGUAUUUGCAGAGAGGGCCCAGCAGUCUGAAUCUGUAUGAUAAAGCUCUUCCCUCUCUCUAUCUCCCACGAGCGUAAUAUGCGUGCCGCGCGGAGCAUUGCCAUGGUAACCCGUGGCAACGCUCUGACGGCCACGGGUCUCACGGGAGUUAGAGAGAGGGAAGAGCUUUAUCAUACAGAUGCAGACUGCUGAGCCCCCCUCUGCAAAUACAGGGAGCUGGGGGGGGGCCCGCGGCUGCACACACAUAUAUAUAUAUAUAUAUAUAUAUAUAUAUAGGGAUCAUCGCUAUAUAUAUGUGCAGAGAGGGUAUCUGGGGCCCGUGACAACCGCCAUGGUUGUCACCCCCUGAUGGCGGCCCUGCCCAGAACUGUGUGUUGUCCAGUUACUGGGGGGAUUUGGUCUUGCAUAUUGGAUUGCUUCCUCAGCUACAAGGAUUAAACAGCGGAGAUAUUUAUGCAGAAUGUUGGAGCUCCACUUCUAAAGAAAACAAAUGCAAUUUUUCUAGCCUUUCUUCACAACUAACAUUUACCAUGCCCAUUAUUCAUUUUGCAGCUAGCCUCUGCACUAUUUCUAGUUCUGUAAUAUCCUUCUUUGAAAACGGGUGCCCAAAAUUGCACCACAUAUUCAAGGUGGGGUGUUACCAUUGAUUUAUAAAGAGAGAAAUUAUAUUUCGGUCACGUGAAUCAAUAUAUGCUUUUUUUAUACAUGACAGCUUCUUACUAGUCUUUGCAAUGGCAAUUUGAUAAGGUCUGGGAUCCUGAGAAUCUCCCAAGCACUAUGAUAUAUAUAUUACUCUUUACUCUAUUCCUAAUGAAGUGGAAAACUUUGAAAAGCCUAUCGCCAUGCCUCUCCUGGUUUGAACAGGACUCUCUUACAGGGCUGGACUGGGGAUACAAACCAGCCCUGGAAAAUAAAUCUAUGCCAGCUCUUUCACUCACAGACACACACACAUACACAAGCUCACUCACUAGCACGCACAUGCUCACUCGCACAAGCUCACUCACUAGCACACACACAUGCUCACUCACUAGGAGGCACACACACACAAGCUCACUCACUCACUAGUAGCCACACACACACAAGCUCAGUCACUAACACACACACACACGCUCUCUCACUAGCAGACACACACAAGCUCACUCACUAGCAGACACACACACACAGACAAGCUCAAUCACUAGCAGUAACACACAGAAGCUCACUCACUAGCAGUCACGCUCACUAACUAGCAGGCACACACACACCCAAGCUAAUUCACUAGCAGACACACACACAAGCUCACUUACCAGCCCACACACACACACACACACAAUCACUGUCAUGACUGAAGCUUACCUGGCACUGGUAGGUGAAUUUGUCAUUCUCUGGCCUCUUCUUUCCAUGAAGGUCAGCAGCUUGCAUGUGGGGGCGGGGCUUGUAUUUGAGAGGUGGGGCUUAUGUGCAAGGGUGGGAAAUUACCCAGUAUCCCGUUUGGGCAGUUCGGCCCUGCUCUCUUAUGACAUGCUAAGGUUUCAGAGAUGUCAGUGGGUUUUUUUAAGUUUUUGUUACUAUUUUUAAUUAUAGCUACAAAAAGUUAUAUAAUUUAUAAUUAUAAUAAUUUGUGAUUUUUAUAGCGCUUUUCUCCCUGUGAGACUCAAAGCACUUUACAGGUAUACAAACGUGUUGAUGAAGUGCCAUCAUUUGCACCUAUAAUGCUUACAUCUGCUAUUUCCUUAGCGUUGUUCUUCCUUAGCAAUUAAGGUAAGAAUAUAAUAGUAAGCGUGACUGAGUGUAACUGAAUUCUACAGCAGCACAAUAUUUGCUCUGUCUAGUAAAUGGAGAAGAAAUUAUGAGUCAUAGUUAAGAAUUAUGUCAAAGGCAAUGGGCACCAUCUAGUGGUCAUGCACCACAUUGAAGAACUUUGGACCAUUAAUCUGAUGAUUUUAAUUAGACGUGAUGAAUGUCUUCAAGGUGUCAAACGGGCUUAAACCUAAAUACUAUCCUACCAGAAUAGGAGAUUCAGUCACAGCCCUAAGCAGGACCAAAAUAUCCAUAAGCUCAGGGGCAUAGCACGGUCAUGAGGUGCCCAGGGGUAAGUCUUUUAUUUGCAACCCCCCAUCUCCAAAUCAUAGUUUCAUGCCCCUGACAGAUUGCGGAUCCUUUGCAUAAGAAUUGUUUAUUAAUAAUAAUGAUAAUAAUAAUUUGACACAAAAUUCCAAGAUUAGCUGAAUAAGUUAUCAUUAUAUUCAGACAAGUUACUAUUAAGCAAAAGUCAUUUAUUUGCACGUUGGAACAACACAAAAUACAUAUUAUAUACAUGCAUUAAAUUCAUAGAUAUAUAUGCACACAUCCACACAAAUACAACUCUGCUUUCAUGCACCCAUAGACUUUACAUACCCCUGCAUUCAAGUACACUAAUUCUACACACAAAAACACUUUUGUAUUCACACACACUGACACAACAUAUAACUUAAUUCCUGCAUUUACACUGAUCCUCCUCCCAAACACAUAUCUGUAUUUACAAAGUUACAUAAAGUCAAGUAACUAAGUAAACAUAAGGAAUACAGAAAAACACCAGUGUUGGUAAACAAGCCAAGGUCAAUACUGGAAAAAAUAUAUAUAAAUGCACUAAUCGGGAAAAACUCAACUGGAAACCACGACAUGGACGCAGCUAAAAUUGUAUUUAAACACUAUGGAAUAUCCCCCUGUGACCUCAAAAAGUGUAGGAAUGAGGUCGCAGGGAUGACGUGGCUGGAAAUGAUGCAAUGUGCCUUAUUAGCAUUAGUAGAGGAAUGCUGUGAGUGUCCCUCUUGCUGCCCAGAACAACAUUAUGUGUAUGCCUCCCAAUUGGUGCGUUUGAGGGGUCCUUAUCUCAGUGCCAAUUGGGAAGAGACGGACACUACCGCAGAAGCAUAUCCACAAGACACGGCCUUCCUGUUUUGACUGUCUUUUAGCCUUCUUCAGUGCGGAAUGGGUUCAUAAGUCAACGUAUUUAUAGUUUUAUAUGUCACUUCGGUUUACGUGAGUUUGGGUAAAGGGGCGUAAAAUGUGUUUGAGAUACUGGGUUUAGUGGUGUGAGCAGGGAUUUAACCCUGCUCACCCAGUAAUCUAUUUAAAGGCAAUCAAAUGCCAAUUUAAAGAUUUCCAGCACUGCAAGCAGCUCAUCAAAAAGUCUAGGGACACUAAAAUUGGCCCCAGAAGACAUACGGGAGCCCCAGGUAUCCAUUGAUACCUGCAACUCAAUGGUGUUACCAGGGAUUCAACCCUGGUAACACCAAAUCUGAAUGACGUUCCAUGUCAUCAUACAAAGGGGGAUGGGGCUGGACUGCCAUGCCUUUCUGAGGUUCUCUCUCCAAGCUCCUGCACUGAUGCCCUGAAUUUGGGCCAUCCUGCUUAAUGGUCGGAGUUUGGGGCACAUCUGAGCUCAGUACACAUCACCCUAUCAGAUGGACUGGUUAUUUUCUAUUGUACAGCCUAGUAGCACUAAGUACUGACACAGAGGUCUACCAACCCAUCUGCAGCCUACACGUUGCUUGGCCUGGUGUAGUAUAUCCUCGCUGCAGGUUGGCCUCGCUUCCUGUGAUUAUUUUUCUCUUCUAUCUUCUCAUCUUAGUUCUCAUAUUUGCUUCUCUUUCUCAGUUAGCUAUGCCUCUCCUUUACACCUUCUUAGGACAAGCAUGUACUCUCAUACAGUAUUUAUAUGCAAGGGACUCCUACAGAAUUUUGCAUAGUACACUAUUCUGUGCUCCCUAUCCCCUUGGUUAACUUGCCAGAUCUAGUUAUCUUCACACUAUACUAAACCUUUUCGAGGAAUGAUGCUGUCACGGUACCCGAUAGCUUUUACCUGCCCAGCUCUGUCCCUGGUGUGUUGAUAGUGGAUCCUCAGUUGCCUGUGUCUCUGCCCUGAAGAGCUCUUGCCGCUUCCCCUGUGGUUCCUGACUGUUGGCUCUGCUUGGGUGCCGCUACUGCGGCAACAUGGCAACCCAGAUGCAGACACUGAAUCAGCCGAGGUCGGGGACACAGAAUGAGACAACAAUGAGGGAAAGCCAAAAGUCAAGGAUACCAGAAUACAGGGAAGUCAAGCGAAACCAAAGUCAAUAACCAGAAAUAAACGCUCAAGAAUACGCUCUCGGACAACCACAAAGGGAAACCAAGACAGGGCAAUGAGGGAAGGCAAUAAAGGAGUUUAAAUAAGUCUCCUUUAACUCCGAUUGGCUGUACCCAGCCUCUGACCCCAGAAAGUGCGCGUGUGUCCACUGCAUGACAUCACAUGCAUGUUGACGUCUUUAUUGCCGCGGGUGGACGUGGGGUUACAAAUUGGCAUGGACCUGCAGCGUCCCGCAUCUUUCAAUAUGCCGCAGGAGUCAGACAGCAUGGUACAGGGCUGCCGACAAGCCUCUCCACCAAUGCCCGGAGGUAGUUAUCCCCACAAGACACCACAAGGUGAGGAUGAACAUGUGACAAUAUGGUGGUGUGUUUUUAUAUAGUGUUGACAUUUGAAUGCAGGGUUGUAUUUGUGUGUAGUGUAGGCAAAAUGCUGAGAUGUAUGCACAUUUACACGCAUAUACUCACAUAUACACAGACUGGUACAUAUAAGUAAAAACAUGCUGUUACAUAGCUGAAAAGAGACUUGAGUCUAUCAAGUUCAGCCUUCCUCACAUAUGUUUUUGGUGUUACAUAGAAACACAGUCAUACACAGAUACAGACAAACACAUGUGUAAAAAAAAUAAAAAAAUAAAAAAAGUGCAAGGAGGGAGCCAGCAGCGCUACCAGCUUCCUCCUUGUAGUAGAAACAUAGAAUGAGACGGCAGAUAAGAACCAUUUGGCCUAUCUAGUCUAGUUUUUUUUUCAUUUUUUUUUUUAUUUUAACAGUUGAGGCGGUAUUAUGAAUUUUUAUUUGGCCUUUUUUGGGGGCUGAAGAAAGAAAAGAAGAAAAUCUAAUGGUAAGUAUGAAAGGGGGUUAGUUUAUUGCCCCCCUCACCCUAUUAAUAGUGAGAUAGAGAUAGGGUAUUUUUAUUUGGGGGGGAGUGACUAGGGGCUUGGGGACCCCAAGUCACUUUAUUAUUUGUGGUCACCACCCGCUGCUCAUGGGUGGGGACCUGAGGGGACAUUAGGACCCCCACCUUUAUUUAUUUAAUUAGGGUCCCCACCCGCUGCUCAUGGGUGGGGACCAGGGGGGACAUUAGGUCCCCUACUUUAAUUAAUUAGGGUCCCCACCUGCCGGCCAUGGGUGGGGACCUGGGGGGGGGGACAUUAGGUCCCCCCAUUAUUAAAUUAUUUAAGGUUCCCACCCGCCAGUCAUGGGUGGGGACAUUAGGUCACCCCUGUUAUUUAUUUAUUUAAUUAGGGUCCCCACCCGUCACUCAUGGGUGGGGAUCAAGGGAGGACAUUAGGUCCCCCUCUUUAAUUAAUUAGCGUCCCCCACCCGCCGCUUUAUGGGUGGAGACAUUAGGUCCCCCCUUUAUUUAAUUAUUUAAGGUCCCCACCCGCCCCUCAUGGGUGGGGACCUGAGGGGGACAUUAGGUCCCCCCCCAUUAUUUAUCUAAGUAUGGUCUAUGGUCCCCACCCUCUGCUCAUAGGUGGGGACCAGGGGGAACAUUAGUGUGAUGAACUGAACUUCGCCACUGGCUUUUGGAGGGGCCUGUUUGCCAGCCUCCUACCCUGUGACUAUGGCUCCUUGCAAUAGACCUGGCUAAAAUACUUCAAACAGGCUCUGGUUAUGCAAUUGGGACUAUAUGGUUAGUUUACCGAACAACCGCAUGAACAGAGACCACCCUGGAGCUUGUUAACACCUAUUAACAACGUUUCUCACCGCAGUGUUCUAAUUCGUCUGGGUGGCCGCAAUUCCUAUGAACAACCACGAGGUGGCAGCCUAUCUUGAACGCAGGCAGUUGUGUUUUGGCAUGAAUCUCAUGGAACUGAAAUCGGAUACAGAAAAUUCCAAACACCGCUGGACUUUCAUCAUCACCUGCGUUCGGUUCUAAAGAAGUUAGAAGGACACUGUUAGGUGGGUUCAUUCGUCUGGAUGAAGGGAACAAGCUCCAGGGUAAGACUAUUGACUCUGUUCGGUAGUUUGUUCGUUUUCAAACUACCGAACUAGACCGACUGCAAGCCCUGAUUCUCUGGAACUGUUUUGGGCAUCGGACCAGUGUGGCUCCCAUUAGAGAUUUGUUUACCCUUUCAUGAAGUCUUGGCUCAUGUUUGGGGGAUUGGAGAACUACAUUCACUCUGGGGAUUGUUAUAUCACAAUACUCCUCUGACUAUAAUCACUAGCUCUUAUAAGAGCUGCUUCUGCUACGCUCUCUGUACUAGGAGCGGUCUACCCACUGGAAGCUGGAUCCUGGUCUUGGGUCCAGGAUGGGUGGAGUACAGCGAGACUCCAACCAAGCUGCGGUGGUUUGUGGCGUCUACGGUGGUUAUGGUGUUCCAGUAAAAAAUUCUUAUGGUGCUCGCAAACACUAGGAAGCAGCAAUUGACGGCGGUACCCGGUCUGGGUGCCAGGCGGCCCGUCACAAUUUGGUUCCCCACCCGCCACUCAUGGGGGGGAGACCAGGGGGGGACGUUAGGUCCCCUCCAUUUUUUUAUUAUUAAAGGUCCCCACCCGCCGCUCAUAGGUGGGGACCAAGGGGAACAUUAGUGUGAUGAACUGAACUUCACCACUGGCUUUUAGAGGGGCCUGGACCACUAGGUCCCCCAUUUAUAUUAAAAGCCCCCACCCACAGGUCACAGGUGGAGGAGCGGGAGGGCACUAUGUGCCCCCCAUUUGAGUUAUUUUGGUUCCCCACCAUGGGGGAACAGGGGACCUGUGACAGGUUCCCCUUAUUGCACUAGCGACUGGGCAGCAAUAGGGUUUUAUAUUUUUUAGAUUACAUGCAUAUGUCCUGCUAUUAUCAGUAGGUAUAUUUUAUGUUCACAGAGGGUAACUGUUUAUCAUUUGUUCUUGAGAGCCCCUUUACCCAACAUUCUCAGCCUAACCCCCCUCAACUCAGAAGGAACUUGAAUUCUAUUGACCUCCAGCAGCUCUCAGUUCUGAACUCUCAUCCAUCCCUACCUUCUCAUAUCCCUCUCUGGCUAUGUCCUCAUAUAUGCUACCUUCACCUCUGCCCUGACAUGCACCUCAAGGAAGAUGCGCCUCCAACCAUGGCACACUGAGUCAAGCCGCUACCGGCAGAGUUGCUCCCGCUCUGCUAAACGCUGCUGGAGGAAGUCCCGCACCUUGUCAGACUUUCUCCAUUAUAAAUUCAUCUUGCGUUUAUACAGCGCAGCUCUCACCCUUGCUAGACAAUCCUACUUUUCCUCUCUUGUUAGUUCAUGCUCACAAAAUCCCAGGUGUCUUUUUGAUACUUUCAACUUUCCCCACCUCAAGCAAUUCCCCAAACUAACCUUGCAGCCGAUUGCUUUGCAUGCUACUUUACAGACAAGAUUGAACAGUUAAAUAUAUAAUUCUCCCCCGUUUGCCCCUCUCUAUAACAACCACACCUGGACAAUACCUUCCCUAUCCUUUAUGCCUUCUUCCGAGCUACUGAACAGGAGGUUAAGUAGCUGGGGAGAACUUCUCCUCUCAUCCCAUCACCAGUCUGCUUGAUCCCUUACCUUCCCACCUUAUCAGAACUCUCUCCCCUUUUCUUGUACAAUCCUUAAAGGACCACUCUAGGCACCCAGACCACUUCAGCUUAAUGAAGUGGUCUGGGUGCCAGGUCCUUCUAGGGUUAACCCAUUUUUUUAUAAACAUAGCAGUUUCAGAGAAAUUGCUAUGUUUAUGAAUGGGUUAAGCCUUCCCCCUAAUCCUCUAGUGGCUGUCUCAUUGACAGCCACUAGAGGCGCUUGCGUGCUUCUCACUGUGAUUUUCACAGUGAGAGCACGCCAGCGUCCAUAGGAAAGUAUUAUGAAUGCUUUCCUAUGUGACCGGCUGAAUGCGCGCGCAGCUCUUGCCGCGCGUGCGCAUUCAGCCGGCGGGGCGUAACGGAGGCGGAGAGGAGGAGGAGAGCUCUCCGCCCAGCGCUGGAAAAAGGUAAGUUUUUACCCCUUUCCCCCUUCCAGAGCCGGGUGGGAGGGGGUCCCUGAGGGUGGGGGCACCCUCAGGGCACUAUAGUGCCAGGAAAACAAGUAUGUUUUCCUGGCACUAUAGUGGUCCUUUAAUGCACAUCUUAAACUGCUCUCUUUUGUCUGGCAUUGUCCCUAUUCCCCUUAAACAUGCUACGGUCAUACCCAUCCUAAAAAAAGCCUUCCCUAGACUGGUCUUCCCCUUCCAACUAUCUGCCCAUAUCCAUGCUUUCUUUUUUCUCAAAGCUUCUAAAAAGACUUGUCUUAACUCAUUUGGCUCGCUUCCUCAAUUCCAACUCUCUCCUCAACCCUCUUCAAUCUGGCUUCCACCCCGCUUCACUUUACUGAGACUGCUUUAGACUAAAGUCACAAAUGACUUAAUCGCAGCUAAAUCCAAAGGUCACUACUUCAUACUAAUUUUUCUUGACCUCUCUGCCAUUUUUGACACUUUUUAAAUUGCUUCAAUCCCUCGGUCUCUAUGACAUUGUCCUCUUGUGGUUCUCAUCCUAUCUUUGCCAACGUUCGUUCAGUGUCUCCUAUUCCAAUGACACCUCCCCUCAUCCUGUCUCUGUUGGAGUCCCCCAAGGAUCUGUUCUUGGUCCCCUUCUGAUCUCAUUUUAUAUUGCCCCUCUCUGCAAACACAUUAAUUCUUUUGGAUUUUGCUACCACCUGUAUGCCGAUGACACCCAGAUAUAUCUCUCCUCCCCUGAUCUCUCUCCUGCUUUCUUUCCUCCUCAUAAUGCUGAUCCUUUCCCUUCAAGGUGAUGAUACGUGCAUCAGUCCAUCCAUGCAAGCUCAUUCUCUUGGUAUUAUCUUUGAUCCUGGCCUAAUCUUUGUGCCUUAUAUCUAGUAUGUUGCUAAAGCCAUUCGAUCACACCUUAAAAACAUUGCCCUCAUCCACCUUUUUGUUAUGCAAGAUGCUGCCAAGGAGCUUGCUCAUGCUCUGGCAAUCUCUCGCAUGGAUUACUGUAAUUCUCUCCUCGUUGGUCUCCCCAGAAGCCGAACUGCCCUGCUACAAUCUAUAAUGAAUGCUGCCGCCAGGUUGAUCUUUCUCACCUGUCGCUCCUCAUACUGGUUUCUGUAUCUUAUAGGUAUAAAUUCAAAAUACUAAUGGUUACCUAUAAAGCUCUAAACAACUCUAGCCCCUGUUACAUUACUGAUUUAUAGAUAUGCCCAUUCUUGGUCUCUCCACUCUGUCGAUGACCUUCUCCUGUCCACUGCUCGCACCCUUACUGCUACCUCAUACUUACAGGACUUCUCGCGGGUGGCUCCCUUCCUUUGGAACAGCCUGCGUACCCCCUAUCAGACUCUCCCCUAGUUUUCAAUCAUUUAAGAAUUCCCUUAAAACCCAUCUGUUCAGAAAUUAUCAUGGCUUCCCAAAGUAACUUCUAUGUCAUGUCUGUCUCUUGCUCUCUCUUAAAGAGCCACACUCCACUCUCUUGCUACUUUCCACCUUGUUUGGUUGCUUUUCCACUUGCUGCGCUAUUGUGUUUUAAUACCCUACCUCCUCUAGACUGUAAGCUCGUUUGUGCAGGGUCAACAUCUACCUAUUAUUUAUGUAUCAUUUUGUAAAUGUCUCAUUUAUUGUUACAUUUUCCUCCUUUCAUAAUAUUGUAAAGCGUUGAGGAUUAAGAAGGCACUAUAUAAAUACCAAUAAUAAAAAUAGCAUCAUCCCCUUUUUUUGCAGCACAUUUUUCUAUAACAAAAAUGUUUUUAAAUACGUAUUAUAAGGAAGCUGUUAAUACAGUCUACUGGUAAAUUUAUUGUUGAAUUUAAUCUGAUCACUAUUUUGUAUUCUAUUUUACAUCACUAUAUUUUGUUAUGAUCUCAUUUCUAUUGUACAUUACUAUGGUAUAUGAGGUGUGACAAACUCACUAUUUUCCCUGUGUUCAAAAUAUUUCCCUUCAAUUUUUUUAUUUUUAUUUUUGAAAGUGCAUAGGUAAUCACAAGUUUCAAUAUUGCCAAAGGAUGUUACAGUAGUUGCUAGUUGGUGACAUUUCGGUGACAGGUUCAAGAUGUGUUGCACUUUUUUUUUUUUUUUUAUACGAAAUUAAAAAAAGUGAGCAUAGACAGGCGUAGCAAAAUAAAAGUAACAGUCAGGCUAUACAUGCUGUCUAAAUCAAUCCAGCUUGAGAUCAUAUUUCUAUAGUUAGUUAGUUAUAUACUGCAAGCGAGCUAUAUUGUGACAAACAGGCUAGUCGUGCCCAGGGCCAGAUUAAGAGCCCAGUGGGCCUGGUGCUGACAAUUAUGACGGGCCUAAUUACAGAAUCAUAUUGACCCAAAACACUAAAACAUUCCCAAGCAUUAUGUAUCUGAUGGAGAUGGUGCUGGAGAGAAAGAAAACAGCAGCUAUAAGAAAACACAUACCCUAGGCUAAUCUCCCUCUAAUUUAUGUUUUCAUCUUUCAAGUAAAUCCAUGACCCCUAACAGCAACGUCCAAUCAAGCAGGAAGUCAAUGGGCACAGUAAAAGGGUGUGCCACUGACACAAAUCACAUAACCUGCCAACAGGGGAGGGCUGGCAGCCUUAGGCCUGGGGGCAAAACCAGUCAAGUGGCCCAUUGUACCACCAAAUCAGUGCAAUGGUGCCCACCUUUCCUGGUUUUAUAAUGGAUAUUGAUGUUAUGCUAAUCAGUAGCUCUUUGCCAUACCUGCUCCUUCACGGUUCUGACUUUCAAUGUUGUCAGAGCACAGGCUGAGAAUCUCUGAGCCUGUGCUCUGACUCACUAACUGAGCGCCAGAACCACGAGGGAGAGGCUAUAAUCUGACUGCACCUACUGCUGGUGCGCACCAGUGGACCACCAGCAAAUCGUUUAAAUUGAAUAGGCUGGUGUCCCCAACUUGUGAGCUGUGUUGUCCACCGGGCGCCUCUAUUGUGAUGGCACCCUGCGUGACCACACAGCGUGCACACCCCAACGGCUGGCCCUGCUGACACACACUGAUGUAAUCCCUCAAUAUUAAUACAGACAUCAGAGUAAACACCAAUAAACUGUGGAAACAGAGCUGAUCCCCCCCAAAUUUAUAAAGAUUUGCUUACUGGAUUUGUUGUAAGAUUAAAUCAUGCCUCCUCCUCUCUCUCUCCCAUGCGCUGCUCUGUAAGCUGGGAGGAAGUGAAGAGUAAUCACAAUCUCCCAGCACAGUGGCACCUGUGGCUGCAUGGGGAACAGCUAUAUUUGCCACCCCCCAUGUGACAUCACAAUGCCCCACCUAUAUGAGCUGCCACACGAACUAACGCCAGUGCUGCCCACAGUGUGUGUUUACAUUAAAAAUCCUGCAGGGACCGGCUAUAGACACCAGAACCACUUAAUUAAGCUCCAGUCGUUCUGGGGACUAUAGUGUCCCUUUAAUGUAAUGUAAAUUAUAGAUUAGUGUCACUAAUAAUAUAGUAGAUUGCCUACUUACAACCAAAUGAGGAUGAUGAUGGGCUGCAGUUUGGCUCCACUGGUCUGGUAUAGAACAGGAUCUCUGGAGGCUGUUUGCAACUGUGGUCACAAAAUUCAAUGUUCUGGGAGAAAUGGAAGCAGCUCCAUUUUUUGGGUGGCCCCUUACACAGCUCAAGGUCUGUAUGCCCACAAGGCCCACUUACAAGUCCACUUAUAUGUUCCACCCACCCAUGAGUUCGCUCACAGGGAGUGGAGUGUGUAGGGGAUGUGUUAUUGUAGAGGAUCUAAUAUGUGUGCUUAUGGUAUGUAGUGUAUAGGGAUACCAGUUUGUGCAGGUGAAGCAGUGGGUUUGUGUGUAGUGGAAGCAGUGUGUAUUUGUGUAUAAGAGAUGUAUUGUGUGUUUCUGGUUGUGUGUAAGGGAUGCAUUGCGUGAAUCUGUGUUUGUAUGCAUAAGGGAUGCAAGGUGUGUGUCUGUAAGUGUGUGCAUUGAGUGUGUGUGUUAGAGAUGCAUUGUGUUUCUGUGUGUAUGUAAGAAAAGCAGUGUGUGUGUAAGGGUUUGCAUUAUGUGUUUCUGUGUAUGUGUGCAAAGGAUGCAUUGUCUUUGUGUGUAAGUGUUGCAUUGUGUGUGUGUAAUGGAUGCAUUGUGUGUUUCUCUGUGUGUAAGGGAAGCAUGUUGUGUUUCAGUGUGUGUAGGGAUGCAUUGUGUGUGUGUGUGUGUGUGCGCGUAGUGUCCUCUCCUCCCUGUGUCCUCCUCACCUCCCCCUCCCUGUGUUCUCCUCACCACCCACCCUCCCUGUGUUCCUCUGAGUCCCCCUUCUCCCUCAUCUCUCCCCUUUCCCUCACUCUACCUCCCCCUCCCUCCCUUGUGCUCUUUUCCUUACCCCCUUGUUCCCCCACCAUACCCUUCUUCUUUCAUUCCCUCCUCCUCCUUCUGUUACUCCCCCCUCCUUCACUUAGGAGUAAGGUGAGAAGGAGGGGAGUAAGGGGAGGGGGGGAGGGAGUAAGUGAAGGGGGGGGAGUAAGUGAAGGAGGGGGGAGUAAGGGGAGGUGUGAGGGAGUAAGUGAAGGGGGGAAGUAAGUGAAGGAGGGGGGGAGUAAGUGGGGAGGAGUAAGUGAACGGGAGGGGGUGAGGAGUAAGUGAAGGAGGGGGGAGUAAGUGGCAGGGGCAGUAAGUGAAUGGGAGGGGGGAGUAAGUGAAGGGGGUGUAAGGAAGGGGAGUAAGGAAGAGAAGGGGGAGUAAGGAGGGGGGAGGGAGUAAGUGAAGGAGGGGAAGUAAGUGAAGGAGGGGGGAGCGAAGAUGGGGUGUAAGGAAGGAAGGGAUAGUACGCGAAGGAAGGGGAGUAAGAAGGAGGGGGGAGAAGGAGGGGGGAGUAAGUGAAGAUGGGGAGUAAGUGAAGGUGGCAAGUGAAGGAGGGGGGAGUAACAGAAGGAGGAGGAGGGGGAGUAAGAAGAAGAAGGGUAUGAAAAACGGGGGGUAAGAAGAACAAGGGGGGAGUAAGAAGAACACAAGGAGGAGGGGGGAGAGUAAGAGUGAGGAGAAGGGGAGAUGAGGAGAAGGGGGGACUCAGAAGAACACAGGGAGGGUGGGUGGUGAGGGGAACACAGGGAGGGGGAGGUGAGGAGGACACAGGGAGGAGAGGACACUACGCGCACACACACACACACACACACACAAUGCAUCCCUACACACACUGAAACACAACAUGCUUCCCUUACACACAGAGAAACACACAAUGCAUCCAUUACACACACACAAUGCAACACUUACACACAAAGACAAUGCAUCCUUUGCACACAUACACAGAAACACAUAAUGCAAACACUUACACACACUGCUUUUCUUACAUACACACAGAAACACAAUGCAUCACUAACACACACUCAAUGCACAUACUUACAGACACACACCUUGCAUCCCUUAUGCAUACAAACACAGAUUCACACAAUGCAUCCCUUACACACAACCAGAAACACACAAUACAUCCCUUAUACACAAAUACACACUGCUUCCACUACACACAAACACACUGCAUCACCUGCACAAACUGGUAUCCCUAUACACUACAUACCAUAAGCACACAUAUUAGAUCCUCUACAAUAACACAUCCCCUACACACUCCACUCCCUGUGAGCGAACUCAUGGGUGGGUGGAACAUAUAAGUGGACUUGUAAGUGGGCCUUGUGGGCAUACAGACCUUGAGCUGUGUAAGGGGCCACCCAAAAAAUGGAGCUGCUUCCAUUUCUCCCAGAACAUUGAAUUUUGUGACCACAGUUGCAAACAGCCUCCAGAGAUCCUGUUCUAUACCAGACCAGUGGAGCCAAACUGCAGCCCAUCAUCAUCCUCAUUUGGUUGUAAGUAGGCAAUCUACUAUAUUAUUAGUGACACUAAUCUAUAAUUUACAUUACAUUAAAGGGACACUAUAGUCCCCAGAACGACUGGAGCUUAAUUAAGUGGUUCUGGUGUCUAUAGCCGGUCCCUGCAGGAUUUUUAAUGUAAACACACACUGUGGGCAGCACUGGCGUUAGUUCGUGUGGCAUCUCAUAUAGGUGGGGCAUUGUGAUGUCACAUGGGGGGUGGCAAAUAUAGCUGUUCCCCAUGCAGCCACAGGUGCCACUGUGCUGGGAGAUUGUGAUUACUCUUCACUUCCUCCCAGCUUACAGAGCAGCGCAUAGAAGAGAGAGAGGAGGAGGCAUGAUUUAAUCUUACAACAAAUCCAGUAAGCAAAUCUUUAUAAAUUUGGGUGGGAUCAGCUCUGUUUCCACAGUUUAUUGGUGUUUACUCUGAUGUCUGUAUUAAUAUUGAGGGAUUUCUAAGUAGUAACAUCAGUGUGUGUCAGCAGGGUGCCAUCACAACAGAGGCGCCCGGCGGACAACACAGCUCACAAGUUGGGGACACCAGCCUAUUCAAUUUAAAUGAUUCGCUGGUGGUCCAGUGGUGCGCACCAGCAGUAGAUGCAGUCAGAUUAUAGCCUCUCCCUCGUGGUUCUGGCGCUCAGUUAGUGAGUCAGAGCACAGGCUCAGAGAUUCUCAGCCUGUGCUCUGACAACAUUGAAAGUCAGAACCGUGAAGGAGCAGGUAUGGCAAAGAGCUACUGAUUAGCAUAACAUCAAUAUCCAUUAUAAAACCAGGAAAAGGUGGGCACCAUUGCACUGAUUUGGUGGUACAAUGGGCCACUUGACUGGUUUUGCCCCCCAGGCCUAAGGCUGCCAGCCCUCCCCUGUUCCUAUGUAUCAGUGUCUCAUUGCCUCAUGUCUCCAGGUGUCCCCUAGUGUCGUGUCCCCAGGUCUCCCAGUGUCCCUAUGUAUCACAGUGUCACAAUGCCCCAUGUCUCUCUGUGUCAUCCAGGGCCACGGAGACACCAGUGAAACUGGGAGACUAGGGGACACUGGCUGGGACACAUGGGGACACUGGGAAAAUAGGGGAAACUUGAAGACAUGGGGACACAAACACCAGGGACACAGACACUAGAGACACUGGCUGGGGGACAUGGGGACAUUGAGACAUGGGGAUACUGAGACACCAGGGCCAGAGACACUAGGGACACUAGCUUGGAGACAUGGGGACAUUGAGACACUCGAGGCACUGGGAGACAGAGGCACUAGGAGACAUGGGAACAAUGAGACACUGGCAGACUGGGGGCACUGGGAGACAUGGGGACAGUGAGACACUGGGAGACUAGAGGGCACUGGGACACCAAGGACACUGGCUGGGAGACAUGGGGACACCGUGUCCCCAUGUGUCUGUGUCAUAAUGUCUCCCAAUGUCCCUUAGUGUCUCAGUGUCUGCCAUAAUGUCUCCCAGUGUCCCUAAGUGUCUCAGUAUAUGUCUCCUUGCAACCUUUCCCCCCAUCUCUUACUUCCCUGAGCUGUAGGCUGUCUCUGCAGGGUAUGAGUUGCUGUCUGGACUCUCUGUAGCUGCACCCCUGCAGAUCAGUGAGUAUAGAUAGGAAGGGAGGGAUAUGCAGGAACUUCCUAUCCCUGCCUCUCUCCACACACAGUGACCCCUACUGGCCAGUGCUGGUAUUGCAGAGUAAUCUCCAUUUAUACUGAGAAAAAUACCAACAUUUGUAUUGCCAGUAUCACUGCAAUAUUGGCACCAGCCAUGGAGCCUCAAAUACUGUCUGUGCCAAUAAAAUAAAAGCCAGGUGGAAUCCCUAAGACUAGUGUGUGAAAAAAAAAAAGUAACUUUUUUUUUUUUCUAAAUCAAUGGGCCUAUUCCAUGGGCCUGGGUCUGGAGCUGUAGCUCCAUUAGCCCCUAUGUUAAUCCGGCCCUGGUCGUGCCCCAUGACCAGGCUACAGGCCAGCAGAGCCUAUGAUGCAUCUAAACAAGAUGGGGGUCAAUUUCGUAUAUUAUGUUCCCUGAACUCAUUUCACGUUUACCUAGUUCGGGAGCUGCAACCUACCGAACACCGACCACCCCCCUGGUUCAUUAACUACAAACUAACCACAAAGUUAAGUGCUCUCAUGAACUAGGCGAACAAUCGCUACCUAUGAGCCAGGGAAACCUUCAACAUUUUAUUCAUUUCUGAACUCCCAAAAGGGUCUGCUACCAUUUUUUCUCGGAAACUAAUUUGGACAUAUGCCACAUGUGAGGUCGGUCAAACUUUACCCUGGUGACAAUUCGGCUGUGUUCGUGGGAUCUCAGCAACAAAAAUAUCCAAAUAGCCCUCAGAUCCCACGAACACAGCCAAAUCGCAGACGGGGUAAAGUUUAACAGGCUAUCCGGGGAUGUAAUGCUUGUGGGGUGAAUUUAGGUGUUUUGUAUAUUUUGAGGGUUUUGUAUAAUAUUUUGUACCUCUAGUGCCUGGGAGAUAAUUAUAUUAAGCAAAAGCUAGCUCUGUUAUCUCCCAGACACAGAGGCGCCUGGGCGGGCUUACUGUACAAGUGAAUGGAGAACCCAUGCUGGGGGUCUGUGUAUAUAAGCUGGCCACUGGGCCAUAAUAAAACAUUCCUCUUGUACCCUUCAUCAAGUCUUGGCUGAUGUUUGGGUAUACCUGAGCUAUAAUAAUAAUAAUCACUGCUUCACCUUGGGACUCUGGAGAUUUACAACGGAUAUACUCAGAGUAUAGGGGGACAUGGGGGACUUGGGUAGUUCUUGUAAUUAUGUGUAAAUAGAUGUAUAUUUAAGCUGUAUGUUUUGUAAUGGCACUGUCACGACUACCAGUGUGGUCCAACAGACAAAACUAUGUAAUAUCUACAUAGACUAUAGAAGAUAGACAGAAUGUAAACCAGUCCACAGAAUGGCUGGGUUAAUACGUUGAAAGACAGAAAAUGGUAAAGGGAAAGCCGAGGUCAAGGAAGCCAGAAAUACACAAGAUCAAUAAGGAAAGCCAAGUCAGGGAAACCAGAGAUAAGAGUAGUCAGGAAUAGCCAGAGUCAAAAUACUGGGAAGAUCAAAUAACAAGAACAAGCAAAAACGCACGCUCAGGAACUGAAACCACGACAGGGCAAAGGGCUAGGGAACCCUUUAAAUAACCCUUCUUGUGCUGUGAUUGGUCAGAGUUGGCCUCUGACCCCAGAACGUGCGUGUGUGUCAAUGUUGUGACGUCACACGCACGUUCGCGUGACCCUUGGAGGCAGAGCUACAAAUGGGCGUGACCUCGUGGUCGGUGCCAUUCUGUUUGCCGCUUGUGGAGGGGACGGACCCGCCAGUUGGAUGGCUCCCGGCUGAACAGGUAAGUUCACUAACCUGUCAGCGUGGUUGCACCAAUCAGGUGACUACCUAUAUAUAUAUGAUAUUAUUUCUGCAGCAGUUCUAUAAAAACAAAACAUUUCCUUGGUGAUAAUGAUUGCCAAUUCUCAGGAUAAAGAGAGACAUAAAGUGUGCCACCUUGAUGAAUCUUUCUACCAUCAUUAGAAUUAUAAAAUGUUCUUUAGAAUGGAGUAAACCUAAAAACAAAAAUAUUGAUAGAUUUGUUCAAGGUCCUUUAGGUAGUAUGUUAAGGAGAAUAAAAAGCAAUAAAGUGAAAAUCCAUAAAAUAUUAAAAAUAGAGAGUAUAUACAGUCAUGUGAAAAAGAAAGUACACCCUAUUUGAAUUCUAUGGUUUUACAUAUCAGGAUAUUUCAAUAACAGCAUUUCAGUCAUAAACAAUUACCCAAUUUCCUGUUGGACAAUUUGUCGCUUGUGCAUUUUGAUUGUUUAUUUGUUCAUUUAAUUACAAGAAUAGAGAUAUAGGCUUCCUCCCUGUAAUUUGAACAUGGAAAGGAACACUAGCAUUAGGAAUACAAACAAUAUACAACAUGACCCACAUUUACAAUAUGGGAGAUUCAAAUCCUCCCUAAUUUCUCCAACACCAUGGGGGCUAUUAAAUAAAAUGAAUGGGGGGGGGAGGUGAGGGGGGAUGUCCUCCUUAGUGCCCACCCAUUGUCAGCAUGUGGGGGCUAAGAAUAAAAUUAUGUCCAUCCCCACUACUGCAAAAUUGUGGCCUGGAUGGAUAGAAGCCCCCAAGUCCCUAGCCUAACCUAAUCCCUGAUUAAAAAAAAAAAAUACCCUACCCUACCCUUUUCCAAAUGAAAUUCUGAUUAAAAAAUAAUUAGGCAAAUUUUGCCCAAACAGAACAAUCGGUUCAGAAAAACAAAAAUAGAAUUCUUUGCCGAACCGGAAUUUUCUGUCAUGCGCAAGUUUACUACUAUUUAUAAAUAUAUAGUUUUGCUAUAGUGUGCUUUUGAAUUUGUGGCCAGUUAUUCUCCACUAGGGAUGUGCAUGGGCCAAAACUUCAGUUUGGUUCGGAAAUUCGGGUAAGUAAAAAAAAUUUGCAACAUCUACAAAACAGAACAAUAAAAUAAGGUUGCGCCUAAAAUAUACAGUAAAACACAUAAAAAUAGUAUAUAAUAAAUAAUAUAAAAUAGUAAAAUGUAAUAUAAAAUAUUAAAUAAGUAGUUGGCAAUAGUCCAAAACACUUAUCAUAAGUCCGUAAUGGUAGAUGCCACGUAUAAGAACAGGGAUUCUGAGACGUAAAGUAAAGUGGGUCUUCACAGUUGUGUGCUUGAGAUCCAGUAGAACACAACUGUGAAGACCCACUUUACUUUACGUCUCAGAAUCCCUGUUCUUAUACGUGGCAUCUACCAUUACGGACUUAUGAUAAGUGUUUUGGACUAUUGCCAACUACUUAUUUAAUAAUUUAUUUAAUAUUUGAUAUUAAAUUUUACUAUUUUAGGUUAUUUAUUAUAUACUAUUUUUAUAUGUUUUACUGUAUAUUUUAGGCGCAACCUUAUUUUAUUGUUCUGUUUUGUAUUUCUUCUUACCAUUAGUGGAUUAUACGUGACUCCCCUUUGAGGAUUGCAGCCUUAUUGUUAUUAUUAUUUUCUUGUGUGGCAAUCUAGCGCUGAUUUCUCACUUCCAUUUUCUUUAAUUCGGAACAUCUGUAGGGCUCCCUACCCCUAACCCUACCCUUAACCCUAUCCCUGUCAUCAUUCAUGUAAUUUUCCCUCCCUCUCGUUUUGACACUUUUCAGAAAUCCAAAGCACUUCGGUAUUUCCAAAAUUCGGCACUUCGGCAAUUCGGUUCGGCUCGACACUUCGGACAUUCAGAAGCAUACGAAUGUCCGAAUUUCCCGAAAUUUGUCCGAAUUUACAUUCGCAAUGAAACGAAUUGCACAUGUCUAGUCUUUACUGUAUUUUCCAUGACAUUGCUGGCUCCCUGUGGACUCUUUUGCUCAUUACACUCUAUAUAGCUUCACUAUUUCUGCAGUAUUUCUAUGUGUUGUUGUUGAUAGCCUAUGUGUGUGUGAAUACUGGGAAAUUUUGGUAUAUAAAUGUCAUAGUGCAUUAGUGUGGAGAUGCUGUGUAUGACUUCAUGGAAAGAUUUGUAUUAAAUGUCGAUGUGUGAACAUAGGAGUACAUUUGAGCUGUAUGUUGACUUUAGGAAUGCAACAGUGAGGAGUGUGAGUAGUAAGCAGGGGUGUAUAUGUGUGAAAUGUAAGCAUAUUUAAAUGACGAGUGCAUAAGUAAUCUGUCUCAGCGUGUAUGUGUGAACGAAGGGGUAUAAUUGAAAUCUGUGUCAUUCUGUGUGCCUGAGUGGACCUGAUUACUGGUACUUAAAGCUGUAAGAGGCAAAAUUAUCCCGGCAAUGGCCGCCAAGUGAAACACACGCCGCGUGGUGUAUAUCCUGAACCAGACAGAUCCAAGUGAAAGAGACCUUGAAGUGAGUCCAGUAUUUGAAACAACGGAGGGUGAAGUUGCCAAUCGAUUGCGUCUCUCCUGAACAGGAAGAACCAGUCCGCUACUUGAUUGUCCUGUCCCGGGAGAUAUUCCACCACGAGUGAGAUUAUUGUCCAGACAGUACUGGUAGAAGUCCUUCGUGAGAUGCGACAGCAGUUUGGAGUGGGAACCUCCCAAUUGGUUUAUGUAGCGGACCACGGAAAUGUUGUGCAUGAGGAGAAGCAGUGACUCUUCCCCUUGGUGAAGCUGCAAAUGGUGAACGAUCCUGCGAUCAGUUCCAGGCAGUUGAUGUGAAGGGCUUUCUCCUUUGGAGUCCAGAGUCCUCCUGUCACCACUCCAUCACAGGCAGCGCCCCAGCCCAUACAGCUAGCACCUGAUUCCAGGACGCAGUCUGGUUGAGAUGCGAAAAUCGCCUUGCCAUUCCAGGCCUCCAUAUGCCGAAGCCACCAAUGGAGUUCCAGAUGAGCUUCGGCUGAAAGCCACACGACUCAGUCGUAUGAGGCUGCUGACCUGAGAUAGCGAGCCUUCAGGCGUUUGAGAGCUCGACAGUGCAGAGGCCCUGGAAAGAUGGCUUGAAUGGAUGAUGACAACAGGCCUUUUGUCCGGGUCAGAUUCCUUAGUGUGACCCUCGGGUUGCGCAGCAGGCGUCUGAUAUCCUUCCUGAUGGCGAUCACCUUGGACAUCGGAAGCACCGCCUUAACCGAAUCCACCACGAAGCACAGAAAUUGGACCGACCAGGAGGGGUUCAGAUCCGAUUUUUCCACAUUGAUGAUGAAUGCCAGGUCCUAAAGCAGACAGAUCGUGAGCGACGUCUGCUGACGCAGGACAUCGGGAUCCUGUGCCAUCAACAUAAUAUCUUCUAGAUACACGAUCGAUCUGAUCCCCCUGGCUCUCAGAGCCGCCAUGACUGGUUUCAGCAGUUUGGUGAAGCACCAAGGUGCCGAGCUGAGGCCGAAGGGAAGGCACGUGAAUUGCCAGAUGUGAUUCAGCCAGGAGAAUUGAAGGAAACACCUGUCCUCGCUGUGGACAAGGACCGUGAAGUAGGCGUUCUUUAGAUCCAGUCAAGCGUACCAAUCGCCCUCGCAGAGCACGUCUCUGAGUAGAUGGAUACCUUCAAUCUUGAAAUGCCGGUAGACGACAUCCGCAUUGAGGGCAUGCAGAUUGAUAAUGGGGCAGAAGUUCCCCAUCUUCUUCCUUACAAGGAAGAUAUUGCUCAAGAACCGAGGUGGUCCAGUCACCCUCUCCACUGCACCUUUGUCCAGUAGGGACAUAUUUCCGAAUGGACUAGCUCGGAUGCCUCUUUGUCCAUGCGUAUCGGUCGCGGAGCGGUGACCUGUCUCGAAGGUUCGAUUAAAUCGAUCCUGAAUCCGGACACGGUCUGCAGAACCCACGGGUCCCCUGUCAUAGCCACCCACUGAGGGAAAAAAUUGAGACAGUCUGCCCGCAAUGGGUAAAUUUGGCAAAUAAGGAUGGAUUCUUACCUGAGGGGUAUCUUGCCUUUGCGGAGGAUGCACUGCAUCCUCUGGAGGCUCCUCAAGAAAACAGCUGGCGGUAUUGGUACCGGGAUGAGGAGGAGGAGAAGGAGUCCGGAAGGCGGGGUCUGUUGCUCAUGAAGGCAGCUCUGCUGGUGGCACGACCCCUCUGUCGACCAGACUUGGAGGAAAAACGAUCCCCAGAUCGGAAAACCCUCUUGAGGGACAACUGUGCCUUGUUGAGAGACGUAUAUAUAGUGACGUGCCAGUUCAGUUCCUUCAUGAAAGCAUCCACAAAUAACAGUCCUUUGGCAUCAGGACCCAAUUCCUGGACCGCCAAAUCCGCCAGCUUGCCAUCCAAUUUGUACAGGGCCGCUUUGUGGCAUUCGGAGGACAGUGCCACAUUGGAAUUACCUAAUAAGCAGAUGGCCCGUUGGGCCCAUUCUCGGAGAAGGUCAACAUCUACUGGGGUUCCACUUUGUAGUGCGUCCUCCGCCAUGAGGAACAUUUGUUGUCCAAAAAAACAAACAGAAAAGACACCAACAUUGGUCUAGGAAUAAAGUGGUAACAUUGUCCUGCGUCAUAAUAAUCGCAAAAAAGACGCAGGAUAUUAGAUGACCUAGCAUGGCGGAUCCUUGUAUUUUUCCAGACUGCAACCAAGAUUGUACCAAAGUGGUAAUAUAAAGUGUAUGCUUUUAGUGUGCUCACAAAUUGACAAACUUUUGCUGUUUGACUACUUACCCUUGGAGGGUACCAAGGCACUGUUGUCAGCAUAACAGCUACAGCGGGCUGCUGUGCUUAUGGUGCUUGGAGUGGCCUUUUAAAGUGAGUAUAUGCAUAUUUCCCAUGUCUGUUGUCCAUCUGGGUAAAGGCGGAGGAGGGCAGUGACAUCAUUAUGUCACGGGCACAGUCCAAAUUACUGGCAGGUCAGCCUGGUGUGUAUGUACGCCAGGCUGCCUGUCAAUCAUUUAAGCCAGGCCUGAGGUCAGACCCUGCAGGUAGCACUGUUUUAGUGCCCUAUGCAGGGUUCUAGCUCCCUGAACAUAGUGCUCUAUGCUUGUUGGGAACAGUUUCCUAGUGUCUCCUAAACAUGGGACACCAGUGAACUAAUUUGGGACAGAAGGACAGGACACAAAAUUUGGAAGGCCUGGUAUAUGAGCAUGCAGUGAAUGUAAUCUGUGUCCGUGAGUGUAUAUAUCAGAACGUAAAAGGAAUUGUGAGUGGCACAAAGUAAAUUACCAAAGUGAGAAAUGUCAGGAAUUCAAAGUGAAUUUCGUAUUUAAAGAAAAAGAAGCCAAGAUGGAUUGUUGACUAUCAGGGUUAUUUAUUAAAGGGAGAAUUCAUAGCGAAUUUGAAAUUUAAAGGAACACUAUAGUAACCAAAACAACUUUAGCUUAAUGAAGCAGUUGUUGUGUAUAGAUUAUGUCUCUGAAGUCUUACUGUUCAAUUCACUGCCAUUUAGGAGUCAAAUUACUUUUGUUUCUGUUUAUGCAGCCACACCUCCCCUGGCUGUGACUGACACAGCCUGCACGAAAUUCUAAAUUAAACAGAUUGUGCAAUAAAGCACAUUUAAACAUUAGAAGUCUCUUUAUAGGAAGUGUUUAGGAAUCCUGUGCAAGUCACAUGCAGGGAGGUGUGACUAGGGCUGUAUAAACAUAGUUAUUUAACUCAUAAAUGGUAGAGAAUUGAGCAGUGAGACUGCAGGAGGACGAUCUAUACACCAAAACUGCUUCAUUAACACCUAAAACCUGAGGGCGUACUAUUACGCCCUAUUCUAAGAGGCUCUAAAACGCCGCAGGGCGUAAUAGUACGCCCUCACGUUUUUUCUUACUUACCUGGUCACCGGCGAUCCCACGCCGGUGAUCACGGUCGGGGGACUCACCUGGAAUCCCAGGGAGUCCCCGCGGCAGAUCCUGCCUCCUCCGGCCCCCCCCGGCCAUGUGAGAGUGACGUCCUUGCGAGGACCUCACAAUCACAUGGCCGGGUUAGCUGGCUGCUGCAUUGCCAGCAAGGGGACUGCCUGUAAUGACAGUUAGUCCCCCUGCUGGCUGAAUUCAAAUAAACAACAGUUAAAAUCAGUGUAAAAAAAAUUCAAAAAAAAAAAUUAUAUACUUAGAUCAUAUAUUAUAAAUUAUUUAUAUGAUCAGUGUGUAUAUAUAUAUAUAUAUAUAUAUAUAUAUAUAUAUAUACACACACACACACACUGUCUAGAUGUAUUUUACUAUUAAUAUAUAUAUAUAUAUAUAUAUAUAUAUAUAUAUAUUAAUAUCAAAUUACACGUAGACUGAUACGGAUUAAAUAUAUAUAAUUAUUGUUUUAUAUAUAUAUAUAUAUAAAAAUGUAAAUACGUUACAAAAUAAAAAUAAAUAAUACAAAAAUAUAUAGAUGUGUGUUAUUUCGUUCUAACUGUAUUGUGAUAUUAAUAUAUAUAUUUAUAUCAAAAUACACAUAGAAUGAAAUAAUAUAUAUAUAUAUAUAUAUAUCUCUAUCUCUAUCUAUAUACAUAAAUAUAUACACACACACACGUAUGUAUAUACACAUAUAUUAAUUCUACAUAUAUAUUUAUGUAAUAUUUUUCUAUAAUUAGGUGUUUUAAUUAAUUACAAUUAGCGGGACCUGCCUGACAACCCAUGCCGAGAGUAAAGGGAAUUUAAUUUGCUAGCACUAUAUUUAACCCUAUAACUUUCCAGGACACCAUAAAACCUGUACAUGCAGGGUACUGUUUUACUCGGGAGACUUCGCUCAACACAAAUAUUAGUGUUUCAAAACAGUAAAAUGAAUUACAACGAUGAUAUCGCCAGUAAAAGUGAAGUUUUUUGCAUUUUUCAUGCACAAACAGCACUUACACGGACGAUAUUAUUGCUGCAAUACUUUUUACUGUUUUGAAACACAAAUAUUUGUGUUCAGCGAAGUCUCCCGAGUACAACAGUACCCCUCAUAUACAGGUUUUAUGGUGUUUUCAAAAGUUACAGCGUCAAAUAUAAGGCUUGUGUUUCAUUUAUUUUCACAUUAAAAUUCGCCAGAUUGGUUACGUUGCCUUUGAGACCCUAUGGUAGCCCAAGAAUGAAAAUUACCCCUAUGAUGGCAUACCAUUUGCAAUAGUAGACAACCCAAGGUAUUGCAAACGGGGUAUGUCCAGUUUUUUUUAGUAGCCACUUAGUCACAAACACUGGCCAAAAUUGGCAUUUUUCGCAUUUUUCACACACAAACAAAUACUAACGCUAACUUUGGCCAGUGUUUGUGACCAAAUGGCUACUAAAAAAGACUGGACAUACUCCAUUUGCAAUACCUUGGGUUGUCUGCUAUUGCAAAUGGUAUACCAUUAUUGGUGUAAAUUUCAUUCCUGGGCUACUAUAUAGUCUCAAAGGCAACGUAACCAAUCUGGCGAAUUUCAAUUUAAAAUGUAACGUGCUAUAUUUGACCCUGUAACUUCCCAAAACACCAUAAAACCUUUACAUAGGGGGUACUGUUUUACACGUGAGACUUUGCUGAAUACAAAUUUGUGUAUUUUAUAGCAGUAAAAGCAAACAGUAUUAUGACAUUGACAGUUAAAAUGUCACGUAGAACUAAAAAAUUUUAAAAAAAUUCUUAUAUUCUCCCAUUUUUUUCAUAGCUAAAUAUUUGAUAUUAAAUGAAAGCCCUGUUUCCCCUGCAUAAAAUUAUAUAUUAUAAGUGUGGGUGCAUUUAAUAUAAAAGAGGUGAAUUACGGUUGGACAGACAUGUAGCGCAAAUGCCAGGUUUUGUUUACAUUUUGUUUUGUUCACAACGUGUACAUUUGGCUCCGUCCUUAAGGGGUUAAACAAGGGGUUAAGCUAAAGUUUUUUUUGUUGACUAUGGUGUCCCUUUAACCCUUUAAGACCGGAGGGCGUACUAUUACGCCCUAUUUUAGGCGGCUCUAAACGCCACCGGGCGUAAUAGUACGCCCUCCGAUCUUUCUUUACUUACCCGGUCGCCGGCGAUCCCACGCCGGCGAUCGCGGUUGGGGGGACUCCCAGGGAGCCCCCCGCGGCACAUCCGACCCCCUGGCAGCCCCCCCGGCCGUGUGAGAGUGAGGUCCUUGCGAGGACCUCACAAUCACAUGGCCGGGAUAGCUGGCUGAUGCAUUGCCAGCAAGGGCGCUGCCUGUAAUGACAGGUGGUCCCCCUGCUGGCUGGAAAUCAAAUUAAAUGAAUUUAUUUAAUAAAAGUUAAAUAAGUGUAAAAAAAAAAAUACAUGUAGAAUGAAAUAAUAUAUAUCUAUAUAUAUAUAAAUAUAUACGUAUAUAUCACUAUAAAUAUAUAUCUAUAUAUAAAUAAAAAUAAUUUUAAAAAAUUUAUAUAUAUAUAUAAUAUAUAUAUAUACACACACACACAUAUUCACAUAUAUAUAUAUAUAUAUAUAUAUAUAUAUAUAUAUAUAUAUAUAUAUAUAUUUGUGCUCGGAAUUUAAUAUGAAAUGGAUAAUGUCAGAGAUAAAGUUGGUUGUGGUGUGCCGAAACCAACGUCCGAGUGGGCCUGUAAAUAAAAGAGGGCAAAGAGAAGUUCGAAAAAACACACUUUAUUGCAUUUGGUUACAUGACUAAAUUCCUGAAGGCUUGGCGAAGUUCUCUUUCUGGCCGUGGAAUAUAGGUAUUGUAUAUAGAGGACUUCCAGUGGCCCAGUCUCUUAAUGAUGUGGACCGGUGUGUUAGUGCUAGAAGCUGAUGAAGCGGCCCCUAUGCGAAAGGAAUGCCCGGAGAAUGAAGAUGGGUUGUAACCCAAUUUUCCCAGUAAGGUUCUGACAUAAGUGGUGAAUUUUGCUGUAGUGAGUGGGUGCCCUUGUAGUUGUAAUAGUGGUGAGUCUGGUAGGUGUGUGCUAUAAGCUGACCGUAACAUGUCUAGUGUCUUAACUGGGCACCAAGCAUUGUCUGUUGGAAAGAGAGGAAUAAUAGUGGGGUGUAGGGACUGAUUUGUUUUGGUAGAUGGGAUUGUGAGAAUGUAAUAGUCGUCUUUUUUAGUGAGUUGUGAGGUUUUGAGGCUGUGAGUGGUAUCCCCUUGACAAAUGACAGUAAAUUCCCUAGGUCUUAAGAACCCAUAAAAAGCCAAAUAGAUUGCAGAUUUGAUCACCAGGUUAGUGUUGGGAUCAAAAGGGGAUUCGUCGAGGAGGUUGCUCAGCAAUCUAAAGAUAGGCCCAUCUAUAGGUAGUCUGGUGGUGAUAGGUGGAACUGAUACUUUAGAGAUCCCCUCUAAGAUUUUCUUUAUGGGGUAUGAUGAUAAAAAGGGGGUGUUGUUAGGGAAAUUUGUGAGGCUGUGGUGCUGCACCCCCGUGAGGUAUAGUUUUAUGGUGUUGUGGGAAAGUUUUAAAUGUAAAUGGCAAAAAGAGGCAAAAGCCACCAUAGUUUGGGUUGAGAAAUCACCUUGUAAUCCGAAUUCAGCAGUAAAUUUGUUGAAAAUGGUGAGUGCCCUACUGUAGGUGAUAGUAGUGUUUGGUGACAGUGCUUGGUGCGUAAGUGUCCUAGCGUGGUGCAUCAGUGUGUUUAAUCCAAGAUUAGCUCGUGAAAAUUCGGUGUUCUGGAUGGUUGAUGGUGGGCUGACGGGAGUGCCUGGAAAAACACCUGAAAUUGAGAUCGAGACAGAGUGUCAGCAGCCGUGUUGUGAAUACCCGGGAUGUGAAGGCAAAUUAGGUGGAACUGGAUGGUUGCUGCCAACCAGGUCAGCUUGCAAAUCAGCCUCAUAAUGGUAAGAGAGGAUGAGCGCCCUUUGUUGAUGAUAUCGCAAGCUGACGAGCUGUCGGAAUAACACUUUACUGCCUUGCCGGACCAGAGGUGACCCCAAGUGUGUGAGGCUGCCACAAUGGGGUAAAUCUCAAAUAGAGCUGAAGUUUCUCUAAACCCCGGCAAGGCAUCCGUCUCAGCUGGCCAGUGACCCCUAAACCAGUGAUUACCAAAUAUAGCUGCAAAACCUGUGUUGGCUGCAGCGUCAGUGUAAAUGCAGGGAGAGGAGUCUGAGAGGGGGGGGAAUAAACAUGGAGAUACCGUUCCAUAGGGACAAAAACUGCCCCCACAUGCUUAGGUCAGCUUUGGCGUGCUGGUCCAACGCAAUAGGGCAGGCGUCCGGUACCCCAUGAAGCAGACAAAGGAGCCUGGACACAAAAGAUCUGCCCUGCGGAACGAUGCGCAUUGCAAAAUUCAGGGACCCCAAUAAGGACUGAAGUUCUUUCCUGGUGCAUACAUCGCUCCGCAGGAACCUGUCUAUUUCCCCUCUCAGGCGGAUGAGUUUUUCAGUGGGAAGGCUGGCGCGGAAGGUAGCAGAGUCUAGCUCUACGCCCAAGAAAGUGAGUUUGGUGGUGGGGCCAAUUGUUUUAGCAGGAGACAAAGGUACCCCGAGGGUGUAAAAAAGUGCAGAGGUGCUGAGGAUAUCGGUGGGUGUGCGUGUGCUUGGUUCUAUGAUGAGGAAGUCAUCCAAGUAGUGAAUGACGGCGUGACACCUAAUAAUGUUCAGAAGCAGCCAGCAUAGCGUUUCCGCGAAAAUAUCAAAGAGUUUGGGGCUGCUUCUGGAACCGAAAGUGAGGCGCGUGGAAAAAUAGUACCUGUUACGCCAUUUAACACCGUGCAAGUGCCAAAGUGAUGGGUGUAUGGGCAGUAGUUUGAAAGCGUUGGUAAUGUCUGUUUUGCUAAGCCAAGCAUUGCUGCCAGUUGAUAUGAUGGUUUGUAUGGCGUCGUCUAUUUUAACGUAUUGUAGUGAGAAUUCAUCUGCAGGGAUGAGUGCGUUGAUGCUAGGAACAAAAGAGGAGUGCGGUGCAGAUAAAUCAAUAAUCAUACGUUUUUUAUUUGAAUAUUUGUGUACAGCUAUACCAAUAGGGUUAGUGCGCCAGGAGGAAAACGGUGAGGAGGUGAAGGGGCCGAUCAUGAACCCUUGAGUUAUUUCUGUGGAGAGGAGAACGUCCGUGGCCUCCGGGUCUAGACAGGCUGAAAGGAGAUUAGGGCAUUCCAGUAUCCCUGAGGGGAUGGCCACGAGACCCGUGUGAAAACCCUGGGUAAACCCUGUAAUUAGAAACUCCACCAGAUGUUUACUUGGGUGAUCUUUAAGGUAAAAGGCCAGGUUGUCGAUAUUAACAUCGGUUAGUCAUUUGUUAGGGGACAACCUGGCCGGACACAUGGUCUUAGUGUGUGCCCUGUAACAGAUGGAGCAGAUGUGCAACAAUCUACAAGCGCUGAAGCUGCAGGAACCUGCAUUGAAGUUGUUGCACACCUGCGCCUUCCCCAAAAAGGAGAUGGGCCUGCCUAGUUUAUCCCUCUGUCCGCCUUCCUGUUUAGGGUGAGGAGUGGAAGAGGAUUGAGGGGUGGGAGUGGGGGUGGAUGGGUCAGCCAUAGAAGGGCACAGAUCAGCCAAGUGGGUUGAGUAAUUGCAUAUGGCGCAAGACGGGGGCCUCAGACCAGCGAAGUGGCGACAGAAUAGUUCUGUAUCCAUCUGACACCAGUUAAUUCUUACAUUAAACUGUUUCAGAUGGGUCGCCGCUUUCGCCGAUAUCGAUUUAUGAUAAUCAUAAAAAGAUGAGCCCCCGUACUUAACGCCCAAAUCCACCACUUUAUGGAGAUAGAGGUCCAGUUCCUCUCUCCUGUGGGGAUAUACCGAGCAGAUGACAUCCCGGUAUAUCCCGAAGGCCAACACGAAAUUGGGAAUUGACAACUUUUUGUUGAGCCUUGGGUCUCUGGUUUUAAGAACCACCGAGAUAUCGCCAAAAUUAUAAGCCCUGUUCACCAGUACGUCUUGGGAGGCAAUAAGUAAUGACACCAGACACACAUCCUUCCCAUCUAGGAUUUCCUUCCUAAUGGAGUCUGGGACGGAGUGUGCUGGUGACAUGAAAGGCGACAUGACUGGAGCAGGAGCUGGAGGGGGAAGUGUAGGGACGGGUGUUGGUGCCAUAGGUACAGCCGGGAUUGGGGCUAUAGAAACAGGAAGGUUACCUUGACUUUGAGAGCUUGUGCCAGGCCUAGGCUCUGGGGCUUGGUUGGUCAACAGUCUGUAUAAUUCUGCCUUUCGGGUCGUAGCCGGAAAGGGGAUGCCCCUGAGCCUAAGUUCGGCCGUGAUUUUAGGUAUAGUCCAUGUUCUGAAAGACGUAGGGGUAGAAGGGGCGAGAGAUACUCCUGGGGACUCUGGUCUGAUAGGAGUAGAUAUUAUAUCCUCAUCAGGUACCUCGUCCAUGGGAGAUGUGUCUUGCGACAUUCUAGAAAUGAAUUAAAUGAGUUGGGUUUAGUAGGGGCGUCUGAGAAAAUUAUUUCAAGGGGGGGAGGGGGAGGAUUGCUUAUGUGAACUGGACUGUAGGAAUAAAUGCCGAAGCGAAAAACUUAACUUAGACUAGUGACGGUUGAGGCCCUGCUAGUGCCAAGUGGCGGUGAGAGGCUCUAUCUAUGAUUUGGGUGAAGUGGAUUAUGUUGCCACAGAUGUGGUGGCGGGAUGUUGGCCUCUCGGUGACAUUUAAAAGGUUCAAACGUGUGGCCGUGACGAGUGAGGCCCUAACUACGGCCCUGUAGAAGUUCGAAUGAGGCGAUUAACUAUGAUUUGGGCGUGGGGCCAUACCUCCGUGUUGAGGUUUGGGAGAUGGUUUGUAAAUGCCUCGGUGAGCUAGGUCUGACGUACAGACCCUGUGAGCCAGUUCACGUAACAACUAUGGGAAAAAUUGGCGUUUUAUGUGCUGGUAGGAUACUAACCUUGAUAGAGAUUAUAUUCGUGGACUUGUUUCUUCAAGUAUAUGAAAGAGAGGUCCAGUGGUUGGUGAUGUCGUAGCAGAAGCCUAAGGGGUUUGAGACAGAUGUAGAUCUGAGUGAGCGUGGCGAAUUGGCUCAAUAUGAGUUAAAGGGGGGCAUGGAUGGGUAAACGAGUGGCAAAAUGGACCGUGAAGGCUGUCUGCGGCCUUUUCAUGGGAAGCUGAAGUAACGUACUGAAGAUUAAAGAAAACUAUACCUGGAUAAGGUACAAAUAGCAAGGUUUUCUCCGAUUUAGACAGGGCAAGUUGUUGAUGCUAUCGUAGUAGAACCUAAGGGUUUGAGACAGAUGUAAAUCUGAGUGGCGUAACGUAUGAGCGCAGAGUGAGUUGACAAAUGUAAAUUGUUGGCUGCCUGAGUUUCCUCAAACAGGAAAUAAAGUAAAAUAAAUACUAUACCUGGAUUAAAGGACAAGCAUCAGGGUUUUUAAAUAUAGAAUGAGUGAAACGGUUGGUGCUAGCGUAGAAUGGAAACCUGGAUUUAAGUAUAAGAACCCCGGUUUUUUUAUAGCAAUUUUGCCGUAAUAUAUGGCGAAGUGCGAUCUGUGGAGAUCAAAGAAAUGUUUUUUUUUGUUUUUUUUUUAUAGGGCUAAGAUUAAUUCGCACGUUUAAGGCAUGAUAACAUUGUGUAAAUAGUAAUUUAAUUGCAGGGAAGCUGCAUAUUAUACAGAAUAAAACAGUAAGUACCAUAAAAACCCACUAGGUGGCGAUGACAGCCCAAUAAACUAGAUCUGUGAACUGAUACAUAAAAUAUAUGGAAAAGUAUGAAUGAACGUCAUGUGAUACAUAUGCCAUGCAUAAUAUGGUAAAAACUGUCAAGCCUUCCUUUUCCCAUACAAUAAACAGCAUAGCCUCUUAUAACAGCAUGAGUUUGGAACAAAAUAUAUACCCCUAGCAUCAAAUAACGAUUUUUGGAUUUUUAAGACCGUGAGGGGGCGAGGGGGGGGGUGUAGGACCCCCCAGACGGGUGUAUGAAAGAGACCGAGUAGAUGCUGGCGUGAGGGGAACGUGGUUGGUCCCCGGUAAGAUUUCCCUGUCAUUAGUGUUCCUGCCCCCCGCUGAACCACAGAGCGAUGUGGAGGGGACCGGAAUAAGAGGACUCACGGUUGGGAAGCAGGACCGCCGAAAGCACGGAGGGGUCUGCCGGACCGCCGGUAGCACUGGGGAUACAGCAGGACCGCCGGUAGCACUGAGGGUUCUGCCGGGCACUGGAAGUACAGCAGGACCGCCGGUAGCAUGGAGGAUUCAGCCGUGCAGCUGAUACACGAGACGCCCGGACCGGAAAUGACGCAAAUGUGAAGACUCGCGAACCGGAAGUAGAACAAGGAACACUUGAACUCGAACGUCAGAGGUGAGUAGGGGCUGGGUGUUUAAGUAGGGGACUUACUCCUCCCACAAAUUCAGGCCUAAUGGCCUUUCUACAUAUAUAUAUAUAUAUAUAUAUAUAUAUAUAUAUAUAUAUAUAUAUAUAUAUAUACAAUGCUAAACAAAAAUCUGCACACCAGUCAAGCCAUAAGACUUGCUUUUCCCACAGAAAUCCCAAAUCAGCAGUGAUGUUACAACCGCAAAGGAUUCUGGGUGGGCAUAUGCAAAUUAGUUUAACAAAGAAUCACAUUGGCUUGACUGGUGUGCAGAUUUUUGUUUAGCAUUGUAUUAACUAUCCACAUACUUCAGGUGGAAGGGGUUUUCAAUCACAAUUUUUCCCCACCAUAACCUAAUUAUAUAUAUAUAUAUAUAUAUACAUACAUACAUACAUACACGCACACACACACAUAUAUUAAUUCUACAUAUAUAUUUAUGUAAUAUUUUUACAUAAUUAGGUAUCUUAAUUAAUUACAAUUAGCGGGACCUGCCUGACAACCCAUGCCGAAAGUAAAGGGAAUUUAAUUUGCUAGCACUAUAUUUAACCUUAUAACUUUCCAAGACACCAUAAAACCUGUACAUGGGGGGUACUGUUUUACGCGGGAGACUUCGCUCAACACAAAUAUUAGUGUUUCAAAAUAGUAAAAUGAAUUACAACGAUGAUAUGGCCAGUAAAAGUUAUGUUUUUUGCAUUUUUCAUGCACAAACAGCACUUACACGGACGAUAUUAUUGCUGCAAUACUUUUUACUGUUUUGAAACACAAAUAUUUGUGUUCAGCGAAGUCUCCCGAGUACAACAGUACCCCUCAUGUACAGGUUUGAUGGUGUUUUCAAAAGUUACAGUGUCAAAUAUAAGGCUUGUGUUUCAUUUUUUUCACAUUAAAAUUCGCCAGAUUGGUUACGUUGCCUUUGAGACCCUAUGGUAGCCCAAGAAUGAAAAUUACCCCUAUGAUGGCAUACCAUUUGCAAUAGUAGACAACCCAAGGUAUUGCAAACGGGGUAUGUCCAGUUUUUUUUAGUAGCCACUUAGUCACAAACACUGGCCAAAAUUGGCGUUUUUUGCAUUUUUCACACACAAACAAAUACUAACGCUAACUUUGGCCAGUGUUUGUGAUUAAAUGGCUACUAAAAAAGACUGGACAUACCCCAUUUGCAAUACCUUGGGUUGUCUACUAUUGCAAAUGGUUUGCCAUUAUGGGUGUAAAUUUCAUUCCUGGGCUACUAUAAAUUCCCAAAGGCAACGUAACCAAUCUGGCGAAUUUCAAUUUAAAAUGUAACAUGCUAUAUUUGACCCUGUAACUUCCCAAAAUGCCAUAAAACCUGUACAUAAGGGGUACUGUUUUACAUGUGAGACUUUGCUGAAUACAAAUAUGUGUAUUUUAUUGUAGUAAAAGCAAACAGUAUUAUGACAUUGACAGUUAAAAUGUCAUGUAGAACUAAAAAACAAAAAAAAUCGUAUUUUCUCCCAUUUUUUUCAUAUUAAAUUAUGUUUCAUAGCUAAAUAUUUGAUAUUAAAUGAAAGCCCUGUUUCCCCUGAAUAAAAUGAUAUAUAAUAAGGGUGGGUGCAUUUACUAUGAAAGAGGUGAAUUACGGUUGGACAGACAUGUAGCGCAAAUGCCAGGUUUUGUUUACAUUUUGUUUUGUUAACAAUGUGUACAUUUGGCUCCGUCCUUAAGGGGUUAAAUCCAGAGUAGCUGAACUGAAAUCAUAAUAGAGGUGCUAGAUAUUUUUUCCCCAGUUUAGUGAAUAUCCCUGAUUCCCUGUUGGAGAAUCUUCCCAGUUCAGCCUCUGUGACUUUUAAUUUGAAAUGUGUGUAAGUGAGUAUGUAUUGACUGCACACUGUAGGAUAAACUAGCAGAGGUGUAGGAUAUAUUCACAAUGACCUGAAACGCGCUGCUUAGUGAAUAUACCCAGUGACGUCAUCGCCAGCUGACCAUGUCCUGAGCGCAUGCGCCGCCGUAGCCCAGCCCCCGCUUCGCAGAGCAUGUCGGGAGUUCUGUUCGAAUCACCUGGCGGUUCUCCCAUCCAGUGAGUGCCUGCACCAGCUCGCUGUGCGUCUCCUGCCGCUCUCAGACCCUCUCUCCCGGGGCGGACAUGGACGAACGGGAGUCUAGAGGCUCCGGUGACUGCAGCCUCGGGAUUGAUCCUCAGCUGGCGGAGAAGUAUGAGCGGUGAGUGCAGCUCCAGAUGGUUUAUAUCGGGUGGCCGUGCUAAACACUAGAGAUAAAUGCAUUGUGUGCUGCUCAUAGGAUUCAUGUAGCGGGUGGACGUGCUAAACACUAGAGAUAAAUGCAUUGUGUGCUGCUGUGUAACCCAGGGACAGAAAGGGUUAUGUUAUUAAUGCCAGGCAUGUGGGGUAACUGCAGGUGAUGAAUACAAAUGAGAGAAUAGCUGAGAUUCAUCAUUUAAAUAGAUCUAUAGGGUCUUCAUGCUAGUGGCCUGAUACACUGCUGUUUAUCACUAACUAGUGGUUCCAUAUAGAAACUGCCAGGCUAACAUGGUCAAGUUGUGAAUAAAAUUGAUUUUUUUUUUUUUUUUUUACUUUAUUACUAUUUCAACCUUUCUUGUGUCAUUUGGUUUUCAAUUAAUUAUAAUACAUUUUACAAUGUUUUUCCUAUUAUGGAAAUAUAGUAUAUUCGUUGCAGCUACACCAAUAAGUAAAUGCACUUAAUUACCUGAUUGGACAGCUGCUAUGAAAAAAAUACAUAUUUUACUUUGCCUUAAAGCGGCACUGUCACAACUCUUUCUCCCCCUCCCCGUCCCACCCCGAAAAAAUAGUAUUUCAUACAGAUAGAAUCUUUCUGAAAUAUUAAUUUUGACUGAGAAUUUCACUGAAUUUCCAACCGAGUCAAGAGUUAUACAGAGAUAAAGUUGGGACUACUUUUGUUUCUGUAUAUUUUCUCACUGUGACUUUCCUAGACUCUUGGCAGAGUCCUAGAGUUACAGGGUCAUUUCUGACAACCAGCACAAGGGACAGCUGUAGGGAAUUGGCUCUCUAUAGUAUAGAGCAGGGGUUCUCAACGGUAGACUAGAGUCUAAGGUGUUGUUUUUCCCCCUUUUUCUAAACACCUUAGACACACCCAGGUAAUCCCCAAAUCCUGGACUGGUAGGGGGUGCCGAGGACUGGGUUGAGAACCCCUGGUAUAGAGGGUCUUGCGGGAUCCUCCAUGGACUUCAAAGUGAAUUCGGCUUUAGAGGGUCUGCUGGCACAAGAUGGCACCACCUGCGAGGGACAAGUUUAGGUAAUUAAAUCUCACCUUUGCCCAACCGGCAUUCACAUCCCGGCAGCGAUGUCGCCAUCAGGGGUCUUUGUAAAUUCAGCAAAGUUCCCAGGCGGUGACAGUGACUCUUUAAAGCAAAGCUUAGGGCACAUAAAUCACUUCGGCUUGCUGAAAUUUUUUAGGGAUGAAAUUACACUCUAACCUACAGAACUACCGUCUAAAGGAAGGCUAAAGCGUUGGGAAUACAAACCUGUAUUUCUAACACUUUAUUGUCCCUGUCCCUAUUUAAAAACAGGUGUUCUUACCCCUCCUCCUUGACAUAUAAAAUAAAUAAAAACAUUUACUUGCUUUUCUACCUGUUUACCUCUCCGCCUCCCAGGAUGUCACUUAUCUGCCGAUGUCCAAUCCAUAGAGGAGCAUUGGAGACACAAUGUGUGCGUGGGGUUUUCCUAUAGGAAAGCUUUAAAUUCUUUCUUGUAAGAGGUUCCACGAUAGUUUUACUCGAUCAGUAACCUGGAUGUGCCUCUAGUAGUCUCUUAAAAACGACAUAGUUUUAUAUUGCAGUAUUACACCUGCAUUUUCCCAAUCCAUAACAAGCCUCUCACACAAAGGAUGGCAGCAUAGCACAUAUUUAUUUUCAAACUUGCUUAAACAAGAUGAUCCCAGAUUGCAAAUGGGAAGCUUGUGCUCUACAUGCAGCCCUUGGGCUGCUUGCUGGACAGCACUGAAUUAUGCAGUUGCUCCAACACAGGCAUGAAUUAAUAACUAGCCUCUUACCUAUUCAUACACAUGCUUGAAGACACAUGCAAAAGCGCACACACACACACAUAGCUAUUCGUACUGAUAUAUGUUCAAUGACCGAAUUGUUGGUUCAAAGGGACAGUUUUAUAGGUUCUUUUGGACUGUGAUGUUGGGAAAUAUGAUGGGCUACAGAACCGGGUCUCUUCUAGUUAACUAUUAUAGCUUUUUGCCUAUUCAAAUUAAAUAUUGCAUGUAAGGGUGUGACUUUACCAAUUUCAAUGUAUCUAAACUUAACCUCUAACCUGGUUGUGGUCAAGUUGCUCAAAUAAUUUGACCAAGAACCAGGGGUUGGCACCCACAGCCCAAUGACACCAGAACCACUACAUCAGUAUGCAGUGCCUAAACUGUCCUUUUAAGAGCAUACUGAUACGAAAACUUUUUUUUUUUUUCUAUUCUGCAGGUACGUGAGAGAAGCAAAACAUGAAGCAAAGAAUGGAAACAUCUCGAAGUCCAUUGAGCUUUUCCAAAAGGCAAACUGCAUAUAUCCCAGUGAGAAACUAAAGGGCCGUAUAGAAAAACUUGAAGAGGCUCUUCAACAGCUUGAUCUAGAGGAAGAACAAGAUGAUGAGUUUGUGGACGUGUUAAGCAGUGGUCUGAUGAUCUAUAAGGAUUUGUUUAAUAAGCUGUUUGAGCACCAAAGAGAAGGAAUUGCCUUUCUUUACGGUUUGUACAGAGAUGGACGUAAAGGAGGCAUUUUGGCAGAUGACAUGGGCCUGGGAAAGACUAUCCAAAUUAUUGCAUUUCUUUCAGGAAUGUUUGAUGCUGAACUUGUAAAAUGUGUUUUGCUGAUAAUGCCAACUACACUAAUAAGCAACUGGAUAAGAGAGUUUGAAAAGUGGACUCCAGGCAUGAGGUUUCAUGAGUUUCAUGGUACAAGCAAGAAAGAGAGGAUUAUAAAACUUGAAAAAAUCCAGAGAAAGGGGGGAAUACUAAUAACAACUUAUCAAAUGUUGAUUAAUAACUGGCAGCAAGUAUCUACCUACAAUGGCAGGGAGUUUGAAUGGGACUAUAUUAUUCUUGAUGAAGCCCAUAAAAUCAAAACCUCAUCAACAAAGACAGCCAAGUCUUGUUACGCAAUCCCUGCCAAAAAUCGUAUUCUUCUGACUGGCACACCUGUCCAAAACAACCUCCGAGAGAUGUGGUCACUUUAUGAUUUUGCCUGUCAAGGAACAUUACUGGGUACUUUAAAGACAUUUAGAAUGGAGUAUGAAAAUCCAAUUACACGAGCUAGAGAGAAAGAUGCCACACCAGGUGAAAAAGCUCUUGGGCUCAGAAUGUCUGAAAACCUCAUGAAGAUUAUACAACCCUAUUUCCUGCGACGCACAAAAAGUGAUGUGCAAAAGAAAAGACCACCUGAAACGCAAACUGCCAUGGAGAAAAGUAAUAUCUCUCCUGCAAUGCCAUCUCUUACAAGAAAGAAUGACUUGAUAAUAUGGGUGUACUUAUCGUCCAUUCAGGAAGAAGUGUACCGCAAAUUUAUUUCUCUGGACCAAAUCAAAGAAUUACUAAUGACUACUCGUUCUCCUUUAGCAGAAUUAAACAUCCUAAAAAAGUUAUGUGAUCAUCCCAGAUUGCUCUCUGCGCGAGCCUGCAUUCAGCUUGGUUUGGAUGAAGAUGAUUACCAGCUUGGAGAAGGUGAUCAUGAGGCACUUACAAAGUUUGAUCAUCUUUCAGAUGAUGCUUUGAUGGAGGAAUCUGGAAAACUGAUGCUUUUGAUUAAUCUUCUACAUAAACUGAAAGAGGAGGGCCACAGAUCUCUUGUCUUUUCCCAGUCACGGAAAAUGCUGGACAUGAUUGAUCGCAUCUUGUGUAACAGGGGUUUUAAGAUAAUGCGUAUUGAUGGUACUGUGUCCCUACCAGAAAGGGAGAAGGUUAUAAAAAAGUUCCAGUGCAACAGUACUUAUUCUGUAUUAUUGUUAACAACACAAGUUGGAGGUGUUGGGCUAACUCUCACUGCAGCUGAUCGUGUAAUCAUCUUUGACCCCAGUUGGAACCCAGCUACUGAUGCUCAAGCUGUUGACCGAGCCUACAGAAUAGGACAGCAAGAAAAUGUGGUUAUUUACAGACUUAUCACUUGUGGAACAGUAGAAGAGAAGAUUUACAGACGACAGAUAUUCAAGGACUCUUUGAUAAGACAAACAACUGGAGAUAAGAAAAACCCUUUCCGAUAUUUCUCAAAGCAGGAGCUAAAGGAGUUGUUUUCUUUAGAGGAUACCAGAACAUCUUCAACACAGAUUCAGCUUCAGAAUAUGCAUGCAGCUCAAAGGAAAACUGACAUUCAUCUAGAUGAACACAUUGCUUACUUGCAUACAUUGAACAUAUUUGGCAUUUCUGAUCAUGACCUUAUCUAUGCACAUGAGGUGCACUCUCAAGAUGAUGACGAUCAAUGUGAAGAUGAACAUCAAGGUCAAUACAUUAAACAAAGAGUACAGAAAGCUCACGAGCUAAUGCAGAUGGAAUCACAGAUGAACGAGCAACUUAUGGAACAGAUCCGAAAAGGAACUGAAGGAGCCUGGUUAAGACAAGUUGAUGUAUCUGAGAAACCAAAGGAAAGACGCGUUUCUACUCCAAGGCAGUUCAACUCUCUGCCUGAGACUGUUGACCUCACCGAAGAUGAUAUUGGUAAUGUCAGCUGUCAGAUGACUAGUAUGGUAUUAGAUUCUAGCGGGGAUGAAGUUGAAAAGCUGCCUCCUGCUCCUUUUAUCAGUUCAUUGCCUACUGUUGAAAAUGGAAGUAUUCAUAGUAGUAUGUCUCCUGCUAAUUCAGAGACUAAAAAUUUAAACAAUUCUGCAAAUGUAAACAAUUCAACAUCCUCCUUCAAUAAUCAUAAAAAUAGUUUUAGUCCUUCUAGUAUAAAAACUGAUGUGGUUGUAAAUGAUGACCAUGCAGAGCCAUUACAUGAAAACCCUGUAUUAGAUUAUGAUACGGCCUUGGCAAUCCGUGAAACCAUCCCGAUGUCUAAACCAUUGCACAAUAUGUCAAAUGAAACUUCAAGUCAAUCUGAAAACCUUUGUAGUACAAAUAGAGACCUGCAUAAGUCUGCAGUAGAUAUGGAAAAAGACAAUUUUGAAACUAGCCAACCUGUGAGCAGGCCCCAGUUACAGUGUGACUUUAAUCUUAUUCUGGAUGAUUCUAUGGAAAGAGAUAUGUGUAAUGGAUCUGUAGAGGAGUUGGAAAGUUUUAUGGAAACCUCCAUGGCUCAGGAAAAGGCGCCAAUGCUGGUACUAGAAGAUUCUAUAGAAAUGAAUGAACGUAGUAAACACAAAGAAUCAAUACAUAGAGCAAAACAAGACAUGGAAGUCCAACAUAGUAUGGAAAACAAUUGUUUUGAGUAUACAGAAAGAAGUACUGAUGAAAAGAAUGAUUUGAGCAAUAAAAGCAAAACUGAAACUAAUAAUGAGGAUUUGCAAUUGAAAAUAGACUUGGAGAGUGAGGAUGAGGAGGAGAUGAUCUACACCUCUAAAAGAAAAGCUGUAAAAAGAGUCUUAUCUGAUAGUGAAACAGACAAUUCUGUGUUUCUUAUUGAGGAGAAUGACAUUAAUUCGUCUUUUAACAGUCCUUCCAUGAAAGCAAUAAUUGCUUCUACACCAAAGUUUGAAAAGUCUGUUAUGGGCACACUUUUUUCCCAGGGAAGGAGUAAUGGAAGACGCAGAUCUAUUGCAUCUAGAAGGUCUUUUAUUCAAGUUGCAGUUGAAGAAGCAACAGAUCUUCCAGAGACUAUUGAUGAUGGCAGUGCUGAUGAGAGUGAAGAGGAGGAAGAAAAAGAAUAUGUAAGUGAUGAGGCCAAGGAAGCUGAAGAUGAAGAGUCUGUACAGUUAGAGGAGGAGCCAGUUGGGAAGACGCUACCUCAAGAAGAAAGUAUUGUGCAUUCACAAGAUGAGUAUGAAUCUGAUAGUUUUGUAGUUAAAAGUUCCGACCAAGAGGAAGACUAUAGCACACAUGAGUCUACCGGAGAGGUGGAACUUACCUCUGGAGAGCAAGUAGACUGUCUUUCUCAAGAAACCACAAGUGUCCAAGGAGGUGGUAGUACAUUUAAUGACAGCUACUCUUCCCUGGUGAAACGUGGAAAGGACUUAAAAGAUGCUGGAUGUGUGAAAGAAGCAUUAGACUGUUUCUUAAAAGCCCUUGACAUAAAAUCAGGGGACAGUGAGGUAAUGAUGAUCACAUUAAACUUAUAUAGACAGCUGUCAUAG